CCCCAGUCGCGAUUUGUCCGUCCCCCAAAACACGCCCCGCGGGUCCCAUCACUGGUUGGAACAGAGCCGGGCGCAAAGCCCAGCCCCCCUCAAGCUCCGCCCACCGCCAACCCGGAGCAGAAGCAGUUGCCAUGAGAGGGGCGGGACUUGAAGGAAGAGCGUUCCAAAGCGGAAAUCUCGUUCCUAUUGGGUAAGUCGCGGCACGUGAUGAGGAGGGAAUCGGGGAGCUUCGAGCGACUUUUGAGGGCGGGGCUCGUGCCGCUGCUGUGAUUGAACGCCGGGGCGGGCCGCUCCGCCCGUGUCAGAACCGGGCCUUCGCCUGGGCCGUUGUCGGCCAGCAGAAGGGUAGGGGGGCGCGCUCGCGGGCGGGCGGGCGGGCGGGUAGUGUCCGGGCUGAGGAGGGACGCGCUUGCGCGACGCCGUUGGCUCCCUUGCUUGCGCAACGCUCCGCGCGCGUGACCCGCCGCGUUCUCGGUCGUCGCCCCUUUCCAUCUCUUUCCGCCUUGCGCGGCGAAUUUCUCUUCCUUUCUGCUCCUGCUUCUCCCGCUUCGUUGCGCUCUGCUCCACUUCGCAGCCUCUUCGCAGCUUACAAGGUUGGGUGGGAGUUUCCGAACAGGGCAGGAAUUCAACCGCUGGAAGUUUUUUGCACCCUAUUCCGGCCCCUCCCACCCACCUGCCCCGUGUGAAAUUUGUACCUGUUGAUUUUCUGGUGUGUUUAAGGACACAGGAAUCUCAACCCCCCGCCCCCUCCGAAUGACGACAAUCUCAUCUUGUUGUUUGGGAAUAUCUUUUUUUUGCAUUCAAAUCUUGCCUUGCUCCUUCCCACGAACAUACUUUCCUUUGCCCUGGCUGGGGAAACCUAGCCAGAUGGGCGGGGUAUAAUUAAUGAUAAUCAUAGUAAUCAUUCUGUAUUGUACUUCCUCUUUAGCUGCAGUCAUGAUAACUGUAAAAAUCUUUCCUUUUCUGAAUUAUAUGCCCUAUUCUAAACAGCUGUAGGUUUCUCUCCACCCCCCCCUUUAAAAAAAUCUCUUUUUUAAAAGGGGAUUAUUUUCUCUUUGGUAAAUCGUAUUUAUAUAGCAAUCUCUUUUUUCUGUGUAUUAUAUUUCAUAACGCACGAAGCAACGGUUUCAAAGGAAGUAGAUGUAGCAUGAAUUUUGUCACUGCGCCACUUGUAAAAUGUUCGUUCUUUCUUUCUUUACCCACCAACUUUUUCCUCCCAAGGAACUCAAAGGCGGUGUACAGGGUUCUCCAUUCCCCAUUUUAUCCGCAAAACAACCUUCUGAGGCACAUUAGGUUGAAAGACAGUGACUUGGAGAAUUUCAGUAGAAAUGAAGGAGGUAAGAAGAAACCUGUUGGAUCAGACGAAAGGCCUAUCUAGGCCAGCUUUCCUGCAGGCAGGUGCAUCUAAUAGGCCUACAGGCAGGUCUAUGAAGGUGAUCAUUCUCCCUGGCUGUUGCCAGCCUCCGCUUGUAACUAUUUAGUGGCAUGAAAUCUUGAGGGUCCCAUUUAGCCCUAAUCAGCUUUUAAAGACAUCUUAGCCUGUGGUCAUCAUAACCGCAUAUUUAUUUUUUAUUCUACAGUCAUACCUCUUGUUACGUUCGGUUCAGGUUACGUCUUUUCAGGUUGCGUCCCGCGGAGACCCGGAAGUACUGGAAAGGGUUACUUUCCGGUUUCGCCGCUCACGCAUGCGCAGACGCUCAAAAUGACGUCAUGCGCAGAAGCGGCGAAUUGCGGCACGCGCAGACACGCAGAUGUGGGUUGCGUUUUGCUCAUGUUUUGAACGGGGCUCCGGAACGGAUCCCGUUCGCAACCAGAUGUACCACUGUAUUAAGCACCUUUCUUCCGUAAUGGAACACAGGGUGGUGUACAUGUGGUUCCUUGAUUACACCCUAUGUGAAGAAACAUUUUCUUAUGUCUGUCCCAAAUGUAUUCCAAUCAAAGUUUUGCCACAGGUGGCCUCCCUGUGACUUGAAACUUCAAUGCAUAAUAAUAAUAAUAAUACUGAACUUUGUAUAGUGCUUUCCUGCAUUCAUGCACAUUGUUUAGUUGUUAUUUUUAAGCAACCUUGGAAGCCUAAUUAAGCACAUUGUUCUGCAGCCCAAGACCUCAUUCAUUUUGGCAACAAGAGCAACAACAACAACAUGAUAAAAAAUAAAGCAGACAUGUGCUGAGGUGCCUAGAUCGGGAUACAAAUAGCUUUCUUUCCUUCAUCUGAUUCCUCAUUUGGUGUGUGCAGUGGGGCUAAUAAGCAGAUUACAGCUGGUCUGCCUGGAUCAGUUGUGGAGGGAUGUUUGCCAAUGUGUGUGCAUGCAAGGUUGUGGGGUUGGUUGCACGCAAUUUCGGCCCCAACCACUAAUCUCAUGCCAAUCCUGAAGGGAUAGUAAAAGCACCUGACUUCCUUAAAGUAUCCUGGUAAUUCAUAACAUCCUUAGAAAACUACAGCUCUCAGGAUACUUUGGGGGAAGUCAUGCCCUUUUAAUGUGUGGCUUGCACACAGCCCAAUAAAGAUAAGUAAAGCUGGAGGUUGGUGGCGGGGAGAGAGUUCACCUAGUGAGAUUUGAACAGAUUCAUAACCUAGUCUCCUAGUUGCUAUGCUACAACAGCUUAGAACAGCUUAGUUUAUGAGCAACUUGGAUUAAGAACACUGCAAACCCGGAAGUAGGUGUUUUGGUUUGUGAACUUUGCCUCGGAAGCAGAACAUGUUUUGCUUCCUGUUGAGAGUGUUUGUAAAUUGAGUCCCCCGCUGUUAUGGGAAAGCACACCUUGGUUUAAGAAUGCUUUGGUUUAAGAACGGACUUCCGGAACGGAUUAAGUUCGUACAGUCAUACUUCGGGAUAAAUAUGCUUCAGGAUAAGUAUUUUCGGGUUGCGCUUCGUGGCAACCUGGAAGUAACGGAGCACAUUACUUCUGGGUUUCGCCGCUUGCACAUGCGCAGAUGGUCAAAAUGAUGGCACACGCAUGCGCGGAAGCGGCGAAACGCGACCUGCACACUUGCAGAUGCUCAGUCGCGUCUUAUGUUCUGUUCAGGAUGCAAACGGGGCUCCAGAACGGAUCCCGUUCGCAUCCCGAGAUACCACUGUACUGUACUACCACUCCUGUCUUAAGACACAAAGUAUCUAUGAAGAAAACUAUGUUACUGUUUUACUAUAACAUACACUAUGUUAUGAAAUUAUUGCUGCGUUACUAUGAAAUUGUUCUGUAGUGUUUGUCUCAAUUUUAAAAUUUAUUUAUUUAAUUUUUAUGCUGCCCUUCCUCUGAGGAUCACAGGGGCAGUUUACAAUAUAAGAACACAAAAAUGCAUAACAUAGUAUCAAACAAAAACAGUAACCCUCCCACUUAACCAGAGGCCUGGGAGAAAUGCAUUCCUCUUUCUUUGUUGUAAGCUGCUUUGAGCAGGAUUUUUCUUGUGGGAGAGUGGCAUGCAAAUGAAAUUAAUGAAUGAUUGACCUAAUAAUGUUGCGAAAUAGUGUAAUCUCUGGUUAUGUUUCAAUAAUGAUUUCUGUGUAACACAAAAGAUUGCAUACUGCAUGUUGAAUGAUGGCUGGUCUUCAGAAAUGCUAUUAUUUCAGCGACUUUUGUCUUGUGGGAUUGUAAGUAAUGCCGAUUAGAUUCUCCUCUUAGCCAUGUUGCUAAAAUUUAAUUUUACUGUUAUAUUUUUGAACUGCUGCUAUUAACAUAUCAUAUUGUAAUUUUAUGGUAUGUAUUGUCUGCUCUUUUUAAAAAAAAUUGUACAGUUCUGCUGUUCUGAAGAGAGCUGAAGAAAAUGAAUUUGAAUUGCUGUUGCAAAUAUUCUUUUUCACGAUGAAGCGUCUGAUCAGAAUGACUUGCUUUCUGUGCUGCUGAGAGGAUGUAGUGAAAAUGAUAGCAGAGCCCAAUUCCGUUGCUAAUCUUCCCAACCACAAGUAAGACUUUUGACAGUAACGUACAGAACUUACCUUGUUGUUUUUAUUGAGAAGUUUAUGGCACGUGUUUCCCGUUGGGUUUUUUUUUAGUGGUCUGGAGUGGUGUGUGUGUGCUCAUACGUUAAAAAUGUUGCUUGUCAGUUUAUAAUUUUAAUAUGAUACAAUUAUAUCGUUUCAUGUUUAAUAUAUCUUAACAUUUAACAACACCAGCAAAACUUAAUAAGAUCAGAGUUAAAAUAAGAAGGAAUCUGCUAGGAUAAAAUAUAACACCAGGUUGGAGAAGGUUGAGUUAGAAUAAUUUAGGGUUGCCAGGACAAACUCCAAAGUUGUUGAAUAUAAUGUCUGAAUUGACAAAUCAUCAAAACUGACUCGGAAGUUGAGUGACGGGAAAAGUAGUUUGUGCAGGUACCUCCAUAAAAAGUGGAAUGCUGGCCAAAUGCAAAAUGGUAGCAAUCAAGUGGCCUCUAAACCACAGUUUGCCUAUAGAUUUGUAAGUUCAGACCAUGGUUUAUGUUCCCAGCAAGAGUUAGCCACAAACUCUAGCUUGGCAUGGCUGGCUCAUGCAGUGUUGCUCUCCAACUUUUUCUGAGUACCCUGCAUUUGGGUCAAAGUUCAGUGGGAGUUGAGCCAUCUGGUUUUGGUUGUGGGACUAUUUUACCCUAACUUUUAGCCUGGUAUGGCAGGUUGUUGUUUUUUUAAACUUGGAGGAAGGCAGCAGAAGGCUUAUAGGCUACACCUACUUUGCAAAGCCUUUCCCCUGUCAGAAGCAUUUCCUCCCAUUUCUCCUUCAGACAGCAGCACAUGCUGUACAAAUUGGAAGAAAAGCAUUGGUGAGCCAGAUAUGGCCUAUGGGUUGCUGACCCCUGCUUUGACUUGUGUUUGUAUGUUCAGUUUGUGAAGCAGAGGUUAAAGGAAGCUAGAGACUGAUUUAUGGAUGGAGAGUUAAAUACCCUCUCCGCCCCACGGCCCCAUGAUGUAAAGCGUAUACCCUCUCCUAUUUUGCUUUGGUUGAAUAGCUGCGAAGUAUGUAAGCACUUCUCGCUUUGAGACAUAUGUAACGUGUAAAGUUGCAUGUGGACAGAAGUAGUGGUGGCUGGUGCCCAUUGGACGAGAAGGCCAAAGAUAGGCAAAGCCAGAACCACUGACCAGCAUCUUGGUGUAAUGUGAGCAGUGGGUUAAAUUACAGAGUGUUUGACCCAUGUCUUGAGUUAGCACAUCCCCUGUGCAUUCUGGAUGCUCUGAGAUAAGAGUGCCAGGUGCCCUGAGUUACCCUAUCAACACCAGCAAGGUCGAGUUUAUGACUUGCAGAAUCAUUCACCCUCCCAUUGGUUCAGGAACGUAGAGGCAGACAUAAUAGUCUGUAGGGCAUGUAUCUCAUUACAUCCUUGUUCUAGGGUCUGACUCUGAAUCUCUGAGAGUCAGGGGAAGAGGCUGGUGGUUGUUUUUUUACACAGCAGUGUUAGAUAGCAUGGUGAUAGUGUUUGUGGAUCUGUUCAAAGACCAGAAGGGACAGUAUAUAGUAGAUAGUAGUGUUUAGCUUUGUCUUGUCCCUGGAGGCAACAAUCACUUUGCUACUUUGAGCAGUAUGGGAGAGGAGUUUCCCCCUUAACUGGGGACUCUGGAGGAAGCUGUUCUGCUGGGAGCAGAUAAUCUCUAAAGGCUCUCCUGGGGCACUGCAUGCUCGUCUGAUACAUCACACUGGUUGAGGUGUGGUGAACUACCAACUGUCUUCCAAAAUUCAUCAACAAGGCAGGGUGAACUAAUGCUAGGUUUACACCCAUCUUCACCUCCGUUGAGUUCUAUAAGGAUGUCACAGAGACUAAGGGUGGAAGGUGACAAUUUUAAGAAAGAAGGCAGACAGGUUGGGGGCUAGUUGAGGGCAGACUGAGGUUGGUGGGGCAGUGAUCCAUUCACCCUAUUGGAACAGCAUCUCCUGGAAGAAGUGAGGAAAGCUAGGGUAAAAAUCAUGUGAGUCAUUGGCAUUUAUUAGUGCUAAUUUGAGUGAGGAAGGCAGUGUCUGGAUUUGCUACUUCUUUCUUUAUCUUAAUAGACAGCACAAGCCCAAACAAGUAAGCUAGCCUGUGUGUUUGUCCAUGCAGAGGUUGGGAAAUUUUUAUAGAACUCUAAUUCACUUGAAAAAAGGAUAGGUUUUGUUUUGUUUUAAGAAGGUAGACCAAAAAAGUUUCUGUGAUUGGGAUUAUUUAACAACCCCCCCCCAAAAAAAAAAUCUUUAGGGUAUAGUGAAUUUCAAAGUGGCAUCAUUGACAUGGUUUCAUAGUAUGCAACAGACUAGAUGUUACAAAGGAAAUAUGUAAACAGUUUCCUGUUUAUUUAUAUUAUGAAUAAAAAGUAGAAGUGGUAGAGUGACUGCUUAACCCUGACAUCUUUUGCUUUUUGUCUGUUCAAGAAAUGCUGGGCAGCAUCCAACAGAAAUCAACACGUGCAAUGGGACUUCCAGUUUAGCUUCUUCUCCAACCGUAUGUGUCUCCAAAAUCUGUUCUGGACAGUCCCCGAACCUUACGGAUCAGAUUUUGGGGGAGCGCAAGCAGGAGACUGCAGGGGGAGAAGAGUAAGUUGAAGCUCUCUUGUGCUACAUUGGAUUUCACAUCCACUCUUGAAGCUGUUUUGUCUCCCACGGGGAAAAUGAUAAGGGAACAUAUAUCUUUUUCUCCGUGGGGAAAAAAAAAGUGACUGGUGGAAAUUUUUAAUGGACAAAAAGCAGGGAAGGGGUUCAGCAUCCCCUUUGCUCCUGAUUGCAGUUUCCUGCAGUUGCUUUUCAUUCAUAAGAAGUUGUGACUUCUGUGUAACGUGUAGUUUGGCCCUUUGUUGCCUAUAGUUGCAACAACACAAGACAACUAAUUUGUUUCCCCUGUAAAAAGAAAAACAUUAAAAAAACCCUAAAAACUGAUAAAAUAUUAGCUCCUAAUAUUCAGCAUUUCCUUUCAGGGGUUUUGAGUCAGUUUAAGUAGCAACUUGGUCCUCAAAAGAACCUUACAGUGCAAUCCUAUAUAUAUAUAUAUAUAUAGGAUAUAUAUGUAUAUGUAUAUGUAUAUGUAUAUGUAUAUGUAUAUCUGGAGGGAUGAUAAUGCUGCAAUCCUAUACAAUUAUUUGGGAAUAAUUAAGUUCUGAUGAACUGGAGUUCAUCAGAACUUAAUUAUUCCCAAAUAAUUGUAUAGGAUUGCAGUUUUAUCAUCCCUCCAGAUAGGUGAUUUUUUUUUUUUUAAGUGGGUAUAUUCUGCAACAUGUCAUUGGUGUAACAGUAGUUUGUUAUCAGUGGAUUUGUACUAGACUGUGUGCACAUCAUUAAACUUGAUUGGUUAUUCUGUGAUGCUUUCCCCAUGUUACCAUAUUAUUGCCAUCUGGAGGGAGCACUCUUGCACUAGAAUGUGACAGAAAUAGGACACACACCCCUGGAAUAUUUAUGGUAUGAAAAGUUACAGGAUUUCAGCAGGAAACUACAGAACGUGCACUGAUUGCAAACAAAGCUGUAUGUCCACCCCAGAACUUUUACAGGCACAAACAGUAUUGAAAGAAGCAUCACAUAUAACCACCUUGAUACCAUCAGGAGCGUUAAUAAUCAUGAAUACACAAAAUAAAGGACGUGUGGAGGGAACUCUAGGAUAACAGUUCUUAAAGCCCGCAACUCAAUAGAGAUUGCUCUCUUUCUUCAAACGAUCUUUCUUUUUCUUUCUCUAAUGACUCAGAGAAAAUGGGAUCCAUGAGGAGGUUGUCUCUGAAUCUACAGUGCAGAACGGCAGCUGCUUGAGAAAUGGCAAUGUUAAAACUUUUGUAAGUUUCUGUUAUGUUCUAUAAUUUCACUAAGUGGACAGGAGAAGGAAUGUGCUUCCCGGGAUCUUGUUGUAUUGUACGCAGAACUUAGGGUUGGAUUGGGUAUACAGGUGAUUUAUAUUGUCUACAACUUAUAUUGUCUACAACAAUGAUUUAUAUUGUCUACAACUGUUGAAUGUCAGUAGUCCCAUACCAACGCAAACAAUCUCACAUGAUAUUUGUGCAUGCCCAUAAAUAGAUCUCUUCCCGCCUUACAAUUUCUAGGUAUACAUAAAUGAAUGUUGAGUGUCACUGAGUAUCAUCGUUCACCAAUGAAUUUCCAGACAUUCACACAUUUGUGGAGAGGGAGAGAGAACGAAAGAAAGGGCAAGGAAUUGGACUAGAUGCCCCAUGUUUUCCUUACUACUUUUAUGUUUCUGCAGUUUCCCUCUGAUUGAAGUAUAUGCAGUUGAAAUUAUUUGCUAUUAAGUUGCAUAUAAUGUAAGUGAAUUUACUCCGCAAGGGAUGGCUGACUUGACACAUGCCUGUUCACCAUAGAAUAAUAGAAUUGUAGAGUUGGAAGGGACCCCAAGGUUCAUCUAGUCCAGUGGUGGCCAAACUUGGCCCUCCAGUUGUUUUGGGACUACAAUUCCCAACAUCCUGACCACUGGUCCUGUUCGCUAAGGAUGAUGGGAGUCGUAGUCCCAAAACAGCUGGAGUGCCAAGUUUGGCCAACACUGAAUUCUAGUCCAAUCCCCUGCAGUGCAGGAAACUCAGCUAAAACAUCCAUGACAGAUGGUCGUCCAACCUCUGCUUAAAAACCUCCAAGGAAGGAGAGUCCACAACAUCUCGAGGGAGACCAUUCCAUUUGAUUUCUGAGUGUGCGGGCAUGAUUUCAGGCAUUUGGACACAUGGUUACAAUCUUCAUUUGGAGAGCGCAUGCUAAGCACCACAAUCCUAGCUCCUACAAUGUAAAGAUGUUAGCAUGAGUCCCUGUGUCUAGCUUCAGAAAUGAUAGAGGGGCAUUGUGUUUAAAGUAAGGUGAGAUUUCUGACUGUGACCCGUGAUAGCUCAUUCAUACAGCCACUUAACGCUUUAUUGCUGUAGAGAGGUAAGAGAAAAAUCCGAGAACAAUGUGAAAACAGAAGAAGACACCCUUCAGAUGGUAGACGGCCAAACCAGCUGCAAAAUGGAGAAGUGGUUGAAGCAGUUACGUUGUUUGAGGUGGUCAUCAUGGGCAAAAGCGCUAUGCAGGUACAUCAGCUUCCAAGGUUAUGCGGGAGUUUGGUACUGUCUGUUUCUAGUUUUUUAAUCUGUUGCCUUUUUGCAAUGUGGUUCAGUCUGUGGUAGAUGACUGGAUUGAAGCCUACAAAAACGAUCGAGAUGUGGCACUUCUGGAUCUCAUCAACUUCUUCAUCCAGUGCUCAGGUUGCCGAGGUAAUUUUUUAUUCCCAUGCUUUCUGAGGGCAACGAUGUGUGUGUGUGUGUGUGUGUGUGUGUGUGUGUGUGAAGCUAAUUCCUGUUUGGGGAUCCUCUUAAUUCAGAAUCUGGCAUGCAUUUGCUAAGAUGUGGCUAUUCCAUACAACUCGGGUUCUGAAUUUAGAGCUGUGGAAGCAGAAAGGUAGAGUAGAAAUGCAGAGGAGAAGAAGUGGAGAAAAUAGAUAGAUGAGCAUAACCACUAGUACAAAUAGGUAAAGGGACCCCUGACCAUUAGGUCCAGUCAUGACCGACUCUGGGGUUGCGGCACUCAUCUCACUUUAUUGGCCGAGGGAUCUGGCGUACAGCUUCUGGGUCAUGUGGCCAGCAUGACUAAGCCGCUUCUGGUGAACCAGAGCAGCGCACGGAAACGCCUUUUACCUUGCCGCUGGAGUGGUACCUAUUUAUCUACUUGCACUUUGACGUGCUUUCAAACUGCUAGGUGGGCAGGAGCAGGGACCGAGCAAUGGGAGCUCACCCUGUCGCGGGGAUUUGAACCGCGACCUUCUGAUCAGCAAGUCCUAGGCUCUGGUUUAACCCACAGCGCCACCCACGUCCCACUAGUACAAAUAGUUGUGUUUAAAAGCUGUCUUAACCGGUGGUUGGAGAAUAAGUCACACAUUUAAAAUGAGAUAUGGAAAGUUAAAAAUAUUGGCUGCGUUCACAUGAAACGCUGAACUGUUGGUUUUUUAGCACAGAGGGAGGCUGCACUGUGCUUCCAGAUGUUGUAAGAGAGCAGCUUCCACCAACCUCAGCAAGCGGGAUCAGGGAUCCUGGGAGUUCAAAAAUAGAUGGCACUGCAUUAGCUAUUCUUAGUUUUAGCACUGUGUGCAUAUGGUUAUACCCUGUAGGGUGGGGGCGGUGUUGCUUAAUUGGCUUCCUGAGGUGGAGGUCACUGCCAGUAACAGAGAGGGAGAGGGGCAAUGCGGCAGGGAGGCUGGCAUGGUGCAGGCGUAGCGGUGGGAAUGUUGGAUUGGCUUUGCCACUGCGCCAACACCACAGUGACCUCUCUGCUGCCUUUCCUCUCUCCUUGUUGGUUACUGGCAGCAACUUAAUGCAUCAGAAAGUAACUAUGGUCCACACUGAUGGCCUGCUACUGCAAGCAUCGAUUGGAAUGAGCCUGGGACUGACGAUGUGAAAGCUGGGCGGUGGGGGAGACUUGGAACAAUUUGAGACUCCCUCUCCCCAUUUCCAUUUCCGUCUAGGUUUUUUUCUAGGCCUUCACAUUCCCAUCUGAGACCCCCCCAAAAGUGUUGCAUUUGACCCCCCCCCCACUUUCCUCUCCUCCACCUCCUGACUGGCUAGAAAUAUUAUUACAGGUAUUUCGCAUCAUGUGCUUAUUUCACAUACAUGAUCACAGCUUUUCCUGGGUGGGGAAAAAUACAUUGAUAAAUGAAGGGCAGAGGAUGUCCACUCUCAAUUUAUUUAUUUACACACACAUCUCAUGCACGGAAAGCUGUGAUCACAGGUUCCCUGGUGAUGGACUUCGGGAAAAGAGGCAUGAGGACUUUGGCAAGGUUCUGGAACCCUUGUGGUUUCCUUCCCAAACCCAGGAAGGAAUUCCUGGCUUUUAGAGUCAUGUAUAUUCAGAGACCUUGUUUUAAAAGAGAGUUUGUCUCUAUGCUGGCAUACUUUGUUCAGUUAAAUUUUUAUUUCUAUGGUUACUUACGUAGGAAUGGUAACGGCAGAAAUGUUCCAAAGUUCGCAGAAUUGCGAUGUGAUGCAGAAAAUGACAGAGACAUUUGAUGAGGUGGGUUCUGCUUGUAUGAGAACACUUUUAAGCUGCUGAUUGUAGAUAAGCUUAUUCAGAAGUCUUAAAUUGUUUAUUUUGUAAAUAUAUAGAUAGAUAUAUAGAUACGUACACACACUCACCGCUGCAUUGUAUAACUAUAUCAUAGUGGUUUAACAACAACCUUAAACCAUAAAAACACUGUUUAAUUUUAUAUAACUUCCCAUCAAUAGAUAUAAUGCAUCUUAAAAGAAACGAUGCAAUAUCUAAACUUGGAAAUAUCUAAUUAAACACAAUUUUAUGUUUUGUCCAAGCUGGGAAACUCUGCCAGUUCGGAACAUUGUCAUAUAUUAAACCAGCUUCCCAGUUGGCAAAAUGGUUAACUGCUCAUGCUGCAAGAGUACAAACAAAGGGUCUAUAUGUGUGUGCAGAAGGCAGAUCCAUAUAUUUUGCUUUUCAGGCAAAAAUACAUGAUUGGCCAAACUGUGUGGAGUGGGAGGUAUUAUGUGCUACAGUGGGUAUCAGCUUGGCACAAGGAUAACAGCAUCUGAUCCCACUUACUCUCAAAGGAAUGAAAGCUUUGUUCAGUCACCCAGAUCCUUAGCUUUAUUGGUGUUGCACUGUGCACAAGUAGCCUACCCUUUAGCUGACUUUAGCUAUUGCACACAGCUUUGCACAUGAGGUCACGGUGAACCUUAAAAAUUUGGGUUUUACUGUGCUUGUUUAUUCCUGUCAAUUAUAUUUGUUUGGCAAUGCUGUUGCUUCAAUUCUGUUUUGCCUCUCUAUAUCUUGUAGGCAACUGGAUUGCAGUAUAAAAAGUUCAUGGCCUAUCCCUGGAUCUUGACGGUUACUUGGCCAGUGGAUAUGGUAACGCUUUGCAUUUCUUUUAUAUUCUGCCUCUCUUCCAUUGGAACUUAUGAUAGGGUACUGGGGGUUCCCAGGGUGUAUCCUAUCCAGUCACAGGCCAGAUCAAGCUUCAACAAGGCUGGUUUUUUCGCUGCUUUACCUAUCCCAAAACUGAUUCCAGGGUCUUUCUGUGAGCAUAAGCCAGUUUUGAGAUGUGUAAAACUCCCAACGGGAGUGCUCUAGUUAUUCAUUUAUUACCCGUUUUGCAAAAUUAUUAGCAAUGUCUCCUGCUUCCUCUUUCCACUGAGUUGCAUAGCACUCUUCAGCUCUCUUCCCUUUAACCAAAUAGUCCAGAAUGACCUUCAUGCAAGGAGGCAAAACACAGACAAUCAGUGAGGAUUGUUGCGAAACUUAAGACCUAGGCAGUGCUCCUUUGAUUAUAUUCCUGGAUCAGACUGCCACCCUCAGCCGUCAUAGUGCAGGGAAGAGGGAGAUGUGGGAAGUAGUGUUCCAGUGCUGAAGCCUGAAGCUAGUAUAGUCCUUCUCCGAGCUGAUGAUGAGGGCUAAGGUGGCAGCUGCUGCUUGGGCUGGCUUUUAGCCGUAUUAGUUCUGUGCAUGGAAAGUAACUUGUACAGAAUUCCAUGUGCAUCAGAAGAGGAUGGGGAGAAGCUUUCCUCUUGCUCACAGCACUAGAACUUGAGUUUAUCUAGUGAAGCUGAAAAUCGGAAGUAGUUAAACUAUGGAACACACUCUUACAAAAUGUAGUGACCAGAGGAUCCUUCUAGUACAGUGCUAAUCUCUUGUACAGUACAGUCCUACCUUGGUUUUCAAACAGCUUAGUUCUUGAACAUUUUAGCUUCUGAACGCCACAAACCCGGAAGUGACUGUUCCAGUUUGCAAACUAUUUUUGGAAGCCUAACGACUGAUGGGGCUUCCAAUUGGCUGUAGGAACUUCCUGCAGUCAGUCAGAAGCCAUACUUUGGUUUCCGACCGUUUGGAAGUCGAACGGACUUCUGGAAUGGAUUUCAUUCGACUUCCAAGGUACGACUGUAUUAUUCUGUGCAGUGAGCUUGGGGGAAGGAACAGGCAGGAAGGGUAACCGUGUCAGAUCACUAACUCUUUGGUACAUUUUUGUCUUCUGGAUGCAUUUCCCAUACACUUGGUCACUGUACUCUAUGCUCUGUGAACUUCCAGACUGUAUAUGGAACCACUCUUGAAGAUGACUCAGGAACUUCAACUGGUCCAAAAUGCAGCAGCCAGAUUACUACUUCCUGUGGUCCCUUUUACAAUUCCCAUAAUAUCUGUUUUGAAACAGCUGCACUGUGGAUGUUAGUUUGUUCCUGAGUCCAAGGUGCUCACAUUAGCGUUGGAUGUAGGCACCAAAAAAAGUGAAAGAUUCCUUCCUUCCUUACAGAACGUAUUUGGUGUUAAGAUCAGCAGAGGGUGCACUCUUGGUCAUUCCACUGCCUUCGGAAGUUCUUAUGGUGAAGGGUGGGCAAUAACUCAAAUAAUCAUGAUAAAUAAGUAGGAUAAGUUUUUGUCAUAGGGGGUUGUUGGGUGGUUUCUGGUUUUGUAUUUUGAUUAUGUAUUUUGUGUUUUUAUAUUGUGAUUUUACCCUGUGAACCACCCUGAGACCUGUGGGUAUCAGGCGGUAUACAGAUUUAAUUAACAACUUGUUUUACACCUCUUGUAGGAUGAUAAGGACUACCCGCUCGUGAAGGCAGGGCCCUACUGGAAGAAGUUCAGGACUAAUUUUUGCGAUUUCACUUCCGUAUUGGUGCAGCAGUGUCAGUUCAGCAUCCUCUAUGACAACUAUUUGAUGGACACCAUCAUCUCUCUCCUUUCGGGCCUGGCAGAGUCCAUGGUCAGAGCAUUCCGGCACACCAGCACAUUAGCAGGUAGGCACAACUGGACCUGUCAUGAUUUUUCAGAAGUAGUACAUUUGGUAGCUUGUACUGGCGAAGCCGGUUAAGGUGUAGGGCAGGAGUGUCCAAACUUUUAAGAGGGCCAGAUUUGAUGAAGUGAAGGGCCCUGAGGACCGACCAAAGGGCCGACCAGGAAAUAAACAGCCACAGAGGCCGGAUUAAACUGACUGGUGGGCCGGAUUAGGCCCCCACAAUGGACUUUGGACAUGCCUGGUGUAGGGUUUGAGCAGGGAUAGGUUGUCAGCAGGUCUAUUCCUGUCAGCCUGAUUUUUGUAUGGUGCAGCUUUUCCGAUCACAGCGCUGCAGCAGUUAAAAAAGGAGACCUUGCCAGUUUCCCCACAUCUCUCAUUUCAGCUGUUCGGGUCACUAUUGUGGGAAGUUUCAGAGUAUAGUUUACUCGGUAGUGACUGCAAAACUUCAAGAUAAACAUUAACAAAUAUAUAAAGUAGUCACUGGCCAUGUUUUAAUCACAUUAGGAGUUCCUGAUUAUGUAUUGUAAAAUAAACCUCUGCCAAAAUAUUAAGUAAAAAAAAGGGACCAAGAACUCAUUACUUUUAUUCCAAGAAAAGAAAAUAAUUCCAUAACCAAUACAAAUUAUACAACUCACAUCCAUGAUUUUGAUCAAGCAAUGAAGCAAAAUGACUACUUCAAAAAAGUUUUUUGAAACACAUAAAAUUUAUGGAUUUUUCUUUGUUUCCAGCUAUGAAGCUUCUAACAGCACUUGUAAACCUCAUUGUAAGUAUAGAUGUCAGCAAGCAUAACCUGGAAAGAUUAUACGAGGUAGAAAAAAGCAGGACUACAGGCAAAAGGACCAAUACUAGACUGGACCAGCUAGAGAAGAAGAAAAAAGAGGUAGGAGAAAUUUCCCCUUGGAAAUCGAUGACAGUUUGUAAAAAUGCCUAUUUGUAAUUGCUGGUUACUGGAUUUCAAUUUGAGGUGGUCGGCAGUGAGCGGCUCACCCCAAACGUUUUCCUAUUCUCCCAAUAUAAGGAGAGGAAAUGAAUUCUGAAUAACUGAUUGGCAUAGUGUUGUUUGUUUCACCAUAUUGCAACAUGGUGCUAGAAUGUGAAGGUUGCAUUGAAUACUGGUACAGGGCCCCCUAAAGACUCUCAAAACUCAUGUGCCAGUCAUGUGUAUUCACUCAGAGUGUGACAAUCCCGAAACAAGAUGGCAUUUGUGGUGUGGAAAGGCAUGGAUUACUUGGGUGGAGGAUCGCAAAGUUAUCCAAUAGCCUUUGCUUUAGUGAGUAAUCAGACCACUUUACCUGGUAGUGGGUGACUCCAGUGGGGGGGUGGGGGAAGACCUAAGACCACAGGAUUUUUUCCCCAAGUAAAGUUUCUAAAUGAAGCUUCCUUUAUUUCCAGUAACAAUCCUUCUGGUUACCACACUUAAACAGAGCUCUUAGCUAGCAGUGGGUUUCCUAAUUUUUUAAAAAUUGUUACAGUCCUAAUUCAUGCGUAUUUACAACCACACACCUAAAAGUGGCCAGCCUUUAGUUUUAUCUGACUCUGUUCCCAAGGCUGGAGUUCAGGUGUACACAUGCUGUUUGAUCUCUAGUUUGUUGUGAGGUGGAGUUGGCUUGUUAUAUGGUUCUGGAGUUCGAUGGCCACUACCCCCUAGACAUAACCACGACUUGCUUUGUCUUUUUGGCAUGCCCUCCUAUUCCCUAAAGUAGCAUCUCCACCCAGCCCAGUUCAGCCCGGACACUGAGGUCCAGCUCUGAGGGCCUUCUGGUAGUUCCCUAACUGUGAGAAGUGAAGCUACAGGGGACUAGGGAGAGGGCCUUCUCGGUAGUGGCACCCGCCCUGUGGAACGCCCUCCCAUUAGAUGUCAAGGAAAUAAACAACUAUCUGACUUUUAGAAGGCAUCUGAAGGCAGCCCUGUUUAGAGACCUUUUUAAUGUUUGAAGUUUUAUCACUUUUUAUUAUUAAUAAAAAGGGGAAACCCAGCCAGAUGGGUGGGGUAGUAGUAGUAGUAGUAGUAGUAAUAAUAAUAAUAAUAAUAAUAAUAAUAAUAAUAAGUAAUAAUAAUAUAAUUCCUUGCCCCCACCAGGUGCUGACAUGGUCCUUUGCUCCUUAAGGGGGAAUUUCCCCAUAGAGCUGUUCUUAGUUCCAACAGUCUUGUUUGUGGCUGUCUGGACUGUUUUCCUGAAGGGUUUUUUUUUAACUGUGCCAUCCAAAGUUCAGCAGUUGCAUCUGAUCAGCUGUGUUGUCAGUGUUUACACACAUCUUCUUCCUCCAACCCCAGCAUCCAUCCUUAUCUUGUUCCAGUCUUUCCUGCAUCUUGGAGAGCGAGAUCACCCUGAAACCCUUGGCCUUGCUUUCAGCCAUUUUUGAAAGGAAAAAAACAAGUAUUCCUGCUCCCCCCCUCACACACAAGGCUAUGUCUUUAUCUAUACUUAGAACAUAGAACCAAGCCGAUUACCACAGUAAUCACAGUUUUGAUUAAUUAAGUGUAAAAAAUUGUACAGGCAAGCAUUACAUUUGAUUAUGGGAUAACAUUAGCCCUGUUGUUCCGCUGUUCAUUUACAAGUGAAAAUUAAGAUGUGAACCAAUAGGUUAAAUAAAUAUUAGUGAUGAAGCAGGUAUUCUAGUUGAGUUAUUGAGGAAAGGAAAAAAAUAUAUAACUAGCUUCUCUUGUAUCCUUAUCCCUUCCAACCUUUCAUUAUAUCUCAAUUUGGAAAAAAAUGAUGUGGUAUUUAAUCUGUGCAAUUUCAGUGAAAUGAGAUUAAGCAUAGAAAUAAGGCCUUGCCUAUAGGAAGAGACUGUUCAAUUGUUUUCAUUUCAGUAUGAACAGAAACACCUGGACAUAGAGAACAUGAUGAAUGCUAUUUUCAAAGGGACCUUUUUGCAACGCUAUCGGUAAGAAACUUUUAUGUACUUGGAAGGAGUCUCUGGUCAGGAUAUGGGCAUCUCAAGGACAGACUGGUUGAUGGGAUUCAUUCUCCUUGGGGCUCCGUCACAGAAUAUGCAUAUUCUGCAACAUCAAGUAAUGGUCCUGCAUAUGUGAUUGAAGGUUUCAUGUCACUUUGCAUGGCCCCAAACACAGUACUUUUUGAUAGAAUGUUCACACAUUCUACUGCCUGCCCUCACAUAUUGCUUAAGUGAUAGCAAGUAAUAGAAUUUUUAAAAUAACGUUUCAAGAAUACUUUUGUUCUGUUGCAUUUUUUUUCCUUAACAAAAAUCUGUAUUGCAAUUAAACAGUGAACAGUGUUCCAUUUUUAUUUUAUUUUAAAGUGAUAUUAUUCCAGAAAUCCGGGCCAUUUGCAUUGAAGAAAUUGCCUGUUGGAUGACAACUUAUCCUGAUCGGUUCUUAACGGAUAGUUACUUGAAAUACAUAGGAUGGAUGCUGUAUGAUAAAGUGAGUAUUUUUUUCCCUCGACAGUUGAGAAAAAAGUUAACGCAAUCUGUUUUUCACAGGCAGAAUCCCAAAAAGUUGAAAAAGUGAUUUCUUUUUAAUUGAUAUUUGAAAUAAUAACGAAAGAAAGGAGGGUUUAAAAAAGAAUGAGAGGGGAAGAGUGAGAGGAAAGAAAAAAGAAACCCAUCAGCCUACAAUAAAAAUAUAAUAAGCAUUUAUGCAUCCACCUUAAUCUAAACAUGCAAAGUAGUACAUGUCAUCCAGAUAGGUGUCUACAUGAAACUGAGGUUUAUAAGAAGUAGGUUAAAAUAUAACAAGGGCAGUAAUGUCCCAGAGCACUGCAUAAUAAAUGGGUGAGUGUUCAUCUUUCGAACAUUUUUAUUUAUUGAAUUUGUAUCCCUCUGUUCCUCCCCAAAGAGUCCAGGGCAAUGAACACAUCUGAAGUUUUUAAAAGGAAGCAUUCUAAAACUGUUAAAACCAUGCUAAAAAACAGGGUUUUUUACUUUGAAAAAGCAGAGGCCUCUUGGUGACCAUAAAGGAACACAAAAUCUACUUUUGUUGCCAUGCCACUAAUUUAAUUUAAUUUUGAAAUACACAGACACCUAUGGCUUUAUAGAUUCCUUGCAUGACAACUCUUCUUUGUUGAAAAGACAUUCUUCUUUUAUUUUGCUUUUAAAGUACAGCACUUUGUUGCAACAAUUGAACACAAUAGUAUAUGUGCCUUGAGUGAGGCAGGAGUAAGCCCCGUUGAAUUCAGUGGCAAUUGAUUCCAGGAAAGUGCAUAUAGGAUACAGGUUGGGGUUUAUUUGUUUUUUGCCCCUUUAGGGAAAACCCCUAAAGAGUUCCCCUCUACUUCCCUGAGGUUCCCCAGAGUGUUCUAAUCACUUGCUGCUAUUUCUUCGCAAUCCUGUUUCGAUUACAUAGCCACCUGAUGUCACGGGACUGGCAAGAAACGCCUUUGAGUCGGCCGGGGGCGGGGGGGGGAGGGAGGAGAUGAGUCAGAGCCAGAACAGUCAGAAGGAGACACAGAGGAAGUGACGGAAGGGGAAGAGGGAGAGAGCCAGGAGGUGGGAAGGCUCUCGGAUGCUGAAGCAGAGCCCCAGCACUGCACAGGAAGUUCAGGAGCAGACGGGAGAGAUUAUGCCUGUGCCUUCUGCACAGGAAAGGAGAGGGUUAAAGCACAAGAGACGUCCCAUGAAGCUUCCCCGCCUUUUCUGUUGGAGGAGAAGCCGGAGAAGACCACUCCCCGAAUCUGAACCCGACGAUUCGGAUGCAUGAUUGUACUAUGCUGCUUCUACAUAUGUAAAACAAAGAACUGUAAAUACCUCUCUGAGUGAGCAGAAGGUGCUUAUUGCGAAGAGCAUACACAAGCGAUCACAUCUGAGCUCCUGAGUUUGCUACUCAUAUGCACAAGUGGGACCUGCAACAAAACAUUGCAGCGUCGAGUGCUCUUGUUCAGGGUUCGAACCAGCUAGCCAACUAUCUCCCAGUCCCCAUUCCUCUUUCUGCUCUGGUUUUCCAUUCCUUCCUUUCCUUUCAUAGUAGGCAUAUCCUGUUGGGUGGCCACUGAGUGUGAUCAGCCCUCAUCAGACUGUUUGGGGAGGUUUGUUUCCCUCUUAUUCCCACCCACCCCGCUGCAGAUUUUUGUAGUUCUGUAAUUGUCAGGGUUACCUCAAGCCUGCUGAUACCUCAGUUUUGUGCAUGAAUGGUGCUCUGUUGGUUGCAUAAAGGUCAUAGUUUGGGGAAAAUGUUCGCCAAGUGCCAAUUGAAUUUUUUUUUUUGUCCUUUGAAUAACUCCAGUAGUUGCAUAGUCUCAUCUGUGAACUUCAUCUUCUAUUUCAUCUUGUAUUCCAGCAACCUGACGUCCGACUGAAGUGCCUUCAGGGCCUGCAGGGAAUAUUUGGCCAGAAAGCGCUGGGUUGUAAAAUGGAUCUCUUCACUUGCAGGUUCAAGGUGAGCUUGAACAAUAAGUGUCUCUCAGAUUGAAUAUUCUGGUUGGUUUGCCUUGGAGGGCUGAUCGUUUUCAAAACUGAACCCUGACUCCUGUAUCACUUUAGGCCUAUCAAUGGUGUACAAGAUGUAAAUUACAUGUAACUUUAAAUGGGAAGUGUUUUAUAGCUGAUAUACAAGGGUAUAUUGUAUAUAGGCGACUUUAAAUGACAUGGUUUCCCUUCUGCCCGUGAUCCAAUGCUGGGAGUUUUAGUUUGGCCAGGGUGCUAGGGCUCCUCGCAAGAAUUCAGUUCCCAGGCUUCUCUGGGAAAAGGAGGUGAGUUAAACUAGCUUUAGUCUAUGCUUCAGACAUAACCAAUCUGUGAAGUUGGAAGAUGCAAGCCUUCCUUUUUACAUGUAUGCUCCGUGGGAUAGGCAUGCUGUGGUUUUGCCAUUAUUGCUGGAAAGCUGUUCCUAAUUGCACAAAGUUACGAUGACCGCCUGAUCUCCAGUCUACAUUCAUUUAACACUAAUGGAGAUUCCUUGACUCUCAGGCAAGAGGCCUUAAAGGAUAGUGCCCUGAUCAUGUUGCCACAUUGAAAGAGGACAGAUCGGAGCAGAUCGGACUUGGUUUAGUAUUCCUCUUUGGACAGAAAGCAGGCUUGGAAAAGCAGGUUCUUAUUUAGAGAGAGGUUCAUAUGAACACAACCCAUUUGGAGCCUUGUCUUUCGUUUUCAUCAACUUUAUUUGAAUUGCUGUGCAGAGACGUGAAACAUUGUGUGCAUUGCUAGCAUAUGUCACUGUUCACAGGUUGUUUUGGUACUUUGUAGUCAAGAAUGCCAGGAUCCAAGACUGAAUCAGUGGGGACUUUGAAUCAUAGUCUGGAGUCAUAGUCUACAAAAGGGAGGACGCUCCUUUUUCUUGGAGAUUUAUUUUUUUUUAAAAAAACUCCUAAUUAAAGUACAGACAACCCAUUCCCAUUUAUAAAGCUUGUCUUCAAUGACCACAUGAGACCAAUUACUGUAAAAAAAAGGUAGAACAUUUUGGACCCUUUCUGUAUGUAUAUACUAAUAGACAAGUAUUGGAAUGUUUCUAAUAUAUUUUUGUGCCAUACUCCAGUCUUGUUUGCUGUGACAUGGAUCAGUUAGCAACAAAACAGAAGGGAAAUUAAUAAGGCUGGAGUUCCCAUUUUGGAAUGUGAAAAUAAAACUUCUAAUGAUGUAGUCUAUUGAACUAUUAUCAGAAAAGACUAUAAGUGCUUUUUAAAAAAAGUGAUCCCAAUUAAGGGAAGCUGUGUUUUUAUACUUUUGACUAUCUCUGCAGUAGUGCGACUCAUCUAUGUAUUUGGGAUUUACAGUCAUACCUCGGUUUACAGACGCUUCAGGUUGUGCGUUUUCCGGUUGUGCACCACGUUGAACCCGGAAGUACCAGAACGGGUUACUUCCGGGUUUUGGGGCUCGCGCAUGUGCACAAACACGGAAUUGCAACCCGUGCAUGCGCAGAUGCGGCGCUGCGGGUUGUGAACUCUGAGAGUUGUGAACGUGCCUCCCACAGAGAUCACGUUCGCAACCUGAGCGUUCACUGUCCCAACUUGAGAUAUCAGUGACACCUUUAAACUGAAGAAUUCUGAUAUUGAAGCCUGCAGGGGGUGCUACAAACCAUCCAUUGCAAGUCAGAGCAAUCACCACCCAAACUAAAAAACAAUUGUGGAACAGUUCUGGGCCAUGAGUUCUAUGUCACAAACACAACGCUUAUUUGCUUUUCAAAUAUGGGCCACUAAGGAGUUAUUCUUCUCUCUCCCUGUAUGCAUUUCAUUGUGACCAUCUCAGCUUGCAGCUUUUACUCUAGCUUAAUCAAAUGGAAAAAGCCAGCGUAAUCUCAAAAGCAUGCUGUCUGUCGAAAAAGUAUAACUUCUUCAGCAAAGACCUCCAGAACAGAACCUUUACAUCUUUCUUAAUGUUUUUUUGCAUUCAUUAGGAUCGACUUGUGUCCAUGACUCUGGACAGGGACCAUGAAGUAGCAGUUCAAGCCAUGAAACUCUUGAUGCUUAUGUCACAGUAAAUAACUUUUUCAUUCAAAUCUAAAGUCUACUUGGGUGCAAGAUGCAAACUAUAACUAGUUAAGACUUGGGGCUGCACACUUGCCUACUGUGCUCACCAACCCUCCCCUCCCACUCUCCCUAGUCUCCCCAGUUUUCCCCACAGUAACCCAUUAGAGAUUAGACAUUCCCCUUUCCACCCCAUGCUGCUCCGGAUCCCAAGACUGGCUAGCUGCCAUUUCUGGGUGGCUUCCCCCUGCACUGCUGCUCCUGCCACUCUUCAUGUUGAUUGGUGGUGGCAGCAGUAACAGUGGAUCCCAAGGGAGGAGAGCUGCUGUUUCUGGUCAACUUUCUUGUCCCUGUGCUGCUGCUGCUCUUCAUCCUAUUCACAGAUGCUGAGGCUGGCUGUUGCUUCUGGGCAGCUUCCUCUUCCCCUCUGUGCCCAGGCUGGCUCUUAAUGAUAACCCAUGUCAGUGCUAGUAGCAGCAGCAGAGGCCCAGGCCAACCAGUGAGGAGGAAAUCAGGCAGUGGCCGGAAGAUCUGAGGCCCUGAGGCUGGCAGGUGGAGGAGCUAGGGGGCUGUCACAGCCUGUUCAAACUUGUCCCUCCGUUGUGAUAGGGUGUGCAUGAAGGAGCCUGUGCUGUCCAUCCACUGCCUCUCUUCACAUUGUAGUUUACAGCGCCACCUUUUUGCGGUUGUGCAAACUACAGCGUGACGAUGGCUGAGUGCAAAUAAUAGAGAGAGAAAUCCCUCAUAUUGUGCCACAUCUGCAACUGUGCGUAGAUGAAUGUGAGUGCCAAAUUUCUCAGAUUUAUUAUGAAUCUGAAUAUAGCAUAUUGCAAAGAUUAACACAUUCUAUAGCAUUAUGGAUUGUUUUUAUAUUUAUGCAAAUAAUGUGACUUCACUUUUGGAUUUAUCUAACAUAAACCUGUUAGGAGCAUUUCUUCUUCUUUUGAGUAUGGCAACUGUUUAUGCCAGUGUUCCCAAACAGGGCUAGCUAAUGAGUUUCCUUCUGGAUAAUUUUUUGACUGCAGUUCCCAUCAUCCCUGAUGGAAUGCUGGCUGGGCUGAUGGGAGCUGGAAUCAAACAACUUAGGGAGGGAAUUAAGUUGGAUACCUCUGCUCUAAAAUGACACCCGCAAGCAAUGAGAUGGUGGCUCACCCCUAUCCACACUUGAUUGUGCGGAUACAGUCGUACCUUGGAUCUCAACACCUUGGCUCCCAAGCAAAUUGGCUUGAACGAUUGAAAGCCGUAAGUAAGUGUUCCCGUUUUGGAACCAUUUUUGGAAGCCGAACGUCCGGAGCAGCUUCCAGUUGGCUGCAGGAGCCACAGUUUGGUUUUCGAAGUCGAAUGGACUUCCGGAACGAAUUCUGUUUGACUUCCAAGGUACGACUGUAUAUUCAUCCAGGCAGUGUUCUGUGAUAUUUCAGACAAGGUUACCAGUUUGUGAAAAAAGGAGUAGGGGCUCAAAUAUACACUUUGCCACUUUUGGUGGGUGACCUCUUUGGGAUAUGGUUAGUUCACUGCAAGUAAUAGUGGAAUAUCGUCAAAUUGUUUCACUAAUAAAUUAUGCCUUGCAGUUUGUCAGAUCUAAGCCUUAGUUUGUCUGGCACUGCUGGGGUUAUUUCAUUAGUGUAUAUAUUACAGCAGUGAAUAGAUGCUAACCGGUUUGGUUACCUAUUCAGUGUUCACAUUGGUUUUGUGCUACAAUUUCCCCUUUUCAAUUCUGGGGGAGCCAUUGUUCAAGCAACUCCCACAGCAGACAGAUGAUCCCUGUGGACAUCGCCAUAGUGUCAUCUCUGUGUGGUGUUUGCUUUUUCCUGGUGCAUUGAUAGUAGAACAAAGUACAGUGCAGUUGUCUCUGUGCUCAUUCUGUUCCUGUGCUAAGAGGGGUCAUGUGCCUUUGUUAUGAUACAAUGAUGAUUUUUAAACCAUUUAAAUGUUACUCUUGUUCUACAGCUGAACUGACAAGCAUUGCAUUGGCACUGCAGCUGUUCAGCAUUUCUGACUUUGCUGUUGUCGCUGCACAGCGCAAACUAUAGUCCAAGUGUUUAAAGAACAACACAUGUUACUAGGAAAGCAGAACUCAAUUAUUGGACUGCCUAUUCAUACGUCAGGCCUAUUCAGUUCAAGGAGACUUACUCCCAGGUAAGCAUGCAUAGGAUUGCAGCCUGAAACCUAAGCCUGCAACACCAAAGAGUUUUUGUCGGAAGAAAAGAAUUCAAGCACAUCCUAACACACAUUUCUGUAUCUGUGAAAUGUGAGUGCAGUUCUCCUUUUCCUAUUUAAAAUCCUAGUAGAGUCGAGAGACUGCCUUGUUGUUGCCUUUGUUUCUUCUUCCAUCUGUUCCUGAGCUGGUUCUCCAAAGUCACAUAGAGCCCUGUGGAUUUGGUCUAAUUACUGAGAAGGUGUGUUCAGGGAAGACAGAGAUGAAGCUAAAUAGUAUGCGGAAAGGUUUCAAAAGCAUAUUUCUCUUUUUGGCAAACUCUGCGUUAACCAUCUUAAAACCAUCUUACGUUGAAUGAAAUUCUUUGCAGCAAGUCUAGCAAUUUGCAUCAAACUUUUUUUUUUUUUUUUAAGCCUUCCACUUCCAUUACAGUGGUACCUUGGAAGCCGAACGGAAUCCGUUCUGGAAGUCCAUUCGACUUCCAAAACGUUUGGAAACCAAGGCGUGGCUUCCAAUUGGCCGCAGAAAGCUCCUGCAGCUAAUUGGAAGAUGCAGAAGCCGUGCUGGACAUUCGGGUUCCAAAAGAACGUUCGCAAACCGGGACACUCACUUCCGGGUUUGCAGCGUUCAGGAUCCAAAACGUUCGACUCCCAAGUCUCUUGUUAACCAAGGCUACGACUGUAUUGAAUUCUGAACUGAACAAAUGCUUUUCAUGCCUUUGCACCAGAAGAGAGGCUCUAAUUCCAGGUGACACGAUUUAUUAUAAUCCCGGGUGUUCAUGACAUUCCCAUUGUGCAGCAAGGAUUUGUGUACAAAUGCUCAGCUGUCUUGGCAUUGUAGACUAGUUAAACCCGGGGCGACUUAGUCAUAGCAAUGCUCUGGGUCGUUUUGCUAAUUCAUAGGUUUACAUUUCUACAGAUCUGUCCUCCUGGUUGUCUUUUCUACAGAUCUGACACCUCUAGGCAGGAUCCAGCAGGACCCCCAAAAGUACUUCAGCACUGCUCUUUACACUGCUGCAGCUAUGUGUAUGUGUGUGUUGAGAGAGAGUGUGUUAAAAAUCACCCAUGAAUUUUAUCGCCCUGCAUUUAGCUCAGAUUUUCAGAGGCAACAGCUGGCAUGUAACAGGGAUAUAACAGUCCUUCAUGAAGAUGAGGGAUGAGAUAUUGCCUUCUUAGCAUGCAGAGUUCGCUAGAAUAAUUUCGUUGUACUUUAUUAACUUACGAGCACUGGAAAUACUGGGCUAAAGUUCGGCGAGUUCGGAAAACAACAUUGAAAACAAGCCCCACUUUAGUGAUUAGGCAAUUGGAAGAGAUGACUGAAGGGGAAAUACUAGAAGGGAAUAUUGGUGUGUGAGCAUAGAUCUACAAAUAGCGAAAGGGUUUAACACUAGAGGGGGAAGGAAUUUUGGCUGGUAAAAAGCAGGGAGAUCUAGCCGGCCGGAAAUAUAGGGAAGGAGUGUGGAAAAUCUGCUUUGUCAGUAUUGUCCAGAAAUACAUCACACUUUUAAAACAUUCUUUAGUGUUGUCCUGACAAGGCAGUCUUUGAAGUAGGAAAAUGACUGUACUGUGGAGCUAAUCAUAGUAGGUUUUUAUAAAAGGGGCAUGAUACCUUGAACUGCAGGUACUGAGCCUAUAUUUUUGCUUUCCUUCCCAUGACUGGAACUCCUUUAAAUUCUACGAAAAUUACAGUAUAAUUUAGAUUAUUCCUUUCUUCUAUGUGUUGUUUAAAGCCCAACAUUGUCACUGGCAGCUCAGAUGGCAUCAGUGGGGAGGAGAUUCUUUUUCCAGCUCCAGCAGGUUUGCCAGCUCUGACCUCUUUUUGACAGGGAUGACUUGGCCCACUGGACAGAGAAAAAUAAAACCACUAUUUUUCAUUUGCAGUUCCACUUUACAAGAAAGUGUCUCUAUUGACAGCUUGGAAAUGAACUAUGCCUAUUUAAAAAUCAGCGUACUUGCUUGUGGUUAUAUGUGAUGGGAGAAAUUCUGUGAGACUCCAUAUACUCCCUCAGUUCUAUGAUGAAAAAAAUAAUCACAUACCCAACCUCAGUUGGUGCAAAGCCUCCUCUGAUCUUACAGUACUUAUAAUAUGGCAUCAUCCUGCCACUAAAGCCGCACUUUUCUUCCAAGAUCUGUCUUUUGCACCCUUCCCUUCACUCGUCCCCUGUUCUUCUUGUCUCUCACCAGCUUCUUUUGUUCUUUCAGAUUUAUACUUUCAAUUGAGGUGCUUUAACAUUGUCAUCAUGGGUGAAGCACUGUGGAUGUGCCCUUCACUAUUAUUUUUUUAACCAGAUGCAAGCUGAAGACCAUUCUAGGCUUUCGGAACUCCUAUGCUGCCAUCUUGCCAAGGUCACCUCCAUAAAAAUAAAUGAGAUCCUUUUGAGAUUUCUGUUGGUGAGGGUGGAAAUGCCCAGAGGAAACUAAGCUUCCGUUGCUUCCCUAGAGAGCCCCACCUUCAGUUCUCUGCUACGUGUUCUGUUUGUGCUCAGUCACAGUGAAAUAUGGAGGAAAAUGAUAUAACGCGGAUUUGGUAUGCGAAGGCAAGACUUAUUUUUAGACGGCUAAAUACCGACAGGCCCUUCUGGCUUAACCUUUAUCUGGCACUUGGCAUUCCGUAUAUUUGCAGCAGAAGCAUUGCUCUCAAUGAAGUAUUCCUUGAAUGUGUAAUUUCUGGUUCAUGGCCUACAAAACAGAGCCACUGUUUCUGAGGUAAAAUAAGACACCAUUGGAUAUCGACCUUUACAAGGAGCAGACUCCAUUAACUGGUAGUUAUUUAUCUAUCCCCCCACUACUAUUUACUUUGUAGUUAUGUUAGUAUCUCCAGUAAACAAUGGCCAAAUUAGUUGAGGAGGAGGAGAGAAAACUGAGGCUUCCCCUCUGCCUUUUAAAAAUUAAGAGUAUUAGUCCCAAUUGGCAAACCAUUAAUACAGAAGUUACACCCCACCUGCAGUGUCUAUCUGCUCCAAAGCCAGCAAGGAUUCUCAUCUCAUCUGUUGUAAAUAGCUUUGAUAUUUUUUAAAUCAAAUAGUAGUCUAUUAAUAUUUUAACAAAUAAAUGAUACAUUUAGGGAAAAUCAAUUCACAACACAUAAAAAGAACUUAUUUAAAAUAUUUUUAGAACAUCAGAUUGGGAAAGAAUGCACUAAGCUAAACGUUUAGGGUUUUGUUUUUUUUUAAAAGGUUGACUUCAUGGGUGCUUCUGUAAUGUUACAUAGCAAAGCAUAGGUUUUCUUUCCUAGUAAAUACCUUGGCAUACUUUCCAACAAUUUUGCAUGCAGCUUCGUAUAUCUGAUUCUUGUCCAGUGCAGAACUACACAUACAUAGGGAAAUGAAAUUUCAGAGGCAUUGUCUGAUUGUUUCCUAGGUUUCUGAAAAGUUUGUUUGUUUGUUUUUUAUUCUGUGAUGCCCAGUAUGCAUUAUCAUGGUGAAGCUGCAUCUACUGUGCUUGAAAUCAUUUGUGUAAGAAACUUUUAUUUUUAAAAAAGCACAAGAAACAAAAAUAAAAUAACAAGCAGCUCUCUGCAAAUGAUGGACAGUAGGAUAAUGAUCAGCUUGCAGUUUUUCUGAGUCUGCCUUGACUCCUCAGAUCCCUUUGUGCUUCCAACCCUCUGCUCUUGCCUUGUUUACAGUGAGAGCAGACACUUAGCCAAAGUGUGGUUUUCUAGAGCUUUUGCUUUGCAGCUCUGUCCCACUCACAGAAACUUGAGGUCCAGUCAACUAGUUGCUAGUGGGAUGCUUGUUCUGCCAGCUAAUUAGCUGCUAGGGGACAGGACAAGAUAGGGGCAAGGUUUGACUUUGAUAGGUGGUCAUUUGCUAAGGAGCUGCGCUGCCUUAACAUGCAAGGGGUACAACAUUGUUCACAGGGUGGCAGAGGCAUUGUUUGAAAAACUUUCUUUGUGUUGGGACUUGUAUGAACUCUUCAGUUUAGCUAUUUUACAUAAGGUUGUGAUGUUUCAGAAGUGGGUGUUAAAAACUCCUUAAAAAACCAGUGCAAUGAAAUCUCUCACUGGAACUGCAUUGUUGACCUGAAGGUUUAAGGGGGGAAACCAAGUACCCCUCCUUGUUUUAGAGAUAGCCUUAAGUGGUAUGAAUGUGGUGGAUUUGUUUUCUCUGUGAGCUAACUAGUCAGUCUUCAAGCAUGUGAAGCUGUCUUAUCCAGAGCUAGGCCAUUGACCCAUCUCCCUGUUGUAUAUUCUGACUAGCAGUUACUUCUCAUGGUUCAAGAGCAGCAGAGGUUUCCCCAGCCCUGCUGUGAGAGGUGAUUUAAUAGCCCAUGACAGGGGUUAAACCUGGAACCUUUUAUAUGAAAAAUAGUAGUUUCGAUUGAUUUUUGUAGCACGUAUUAUGCUUUGCUGUUGCAUUUUAUUUUGCUGCAAAUCUCCCUGUGACCGUUGUGGCAAAGGGUAGUAUGAAAGUACAGAAGCACAUAAAUAAUAAAGGCUAAACUAUGACCCCUUUCCAACCACUCCUUUAUCUUCAAAAUGGUUGGAAAUAAAUUUUAUUAUUGCUUGAAGUGCUUAGCCAUGUUCUGGUAUUUGCCUGAUCAUGCAAAGGGUCAAACUUGGGACAGGGCAGGGGUGCAAUGUAAGCCCCACUCCCAGUGAGAGGCAGUAUGGUUGCAGUGGUUAGAAUGUUGGACUAGGACCUGGCAUGCCAGGGUUGAUAUCCCCAUUCAGCCAUGAAGCUCACUGGGUGAUCUUGGGCCAGUCACUGCCUCUCAGCCUAACCUACCUCACAGGGUGGUUGUGGGAAUUAAAUGAGGAGGGGGAGAACUGUGUGUGCCACCUUGAUCUCCUUGGAGAAAAAGGUGGGGUACAAACACAGUGAAUAAUAAUAAUAAUGUCCCUCACAGGCUGGCUGCUCUCUAGAUCUUUCUCCGGUUAGCAGGAAGGUCCCGAGAAAGUCUUUAAGUUCGUUGCAAACUUUGCUGUGAGCAGGAGCCCUGGCAUAUUGGGAUUUCCAGUCGGUGGGAGAGUUAAUUGUGCCAAGAUCUCAAGAGCAGCUGAUGUGCCUUGGGGAUAUUGGCUUGCAAACUCCAGCCCCACUUAAUCUUUCACAAGUGCGACUGAAUGUCAGAACACUGCUUCUGUUGACAUCUUUGCCUAAUGUUCACCUCAUGCUCUAAAUAUGUAACCAAAUUUCCUUAUUCAUUCUUUUCCGUGAUUGUUUGUCAAUUGCCAGAGAGCCUCGCAUGUUACACUGGCAUAAAUGUUUCUGCCGUUGAAAUAUAAUUUAAUGCCAUAUGUUAUGGAAGGCUUAUAGGACACAGUGCUCAGAAGGUUUAGAACAGAACUUUAGGGUCUCUCUCCGGCUGCAACAGAACGGACAGAAGAAGUUUCAUGACUCCAUGUGGAUAUAGCUAAGUCCAAAGCUGUCUAGUGACUAAACACUAUCCGCCCCAAGAAAGUAAUGUACAAUUAAGCCCCAACCCAAAGUAUUUACAGGCUUAGGCUGCAAUCCUAUGCACGCUUACCAAGGAGCAAGCCCCAUUUGCCGAGGAAGACUUCUGAGUAAAUGUAUAGGGUUAUGCUGUUAACGUGUGUAACAAUGCCCUUUUUGACAAAACAUAGUUAAUACCAUGUCUUUGUACAGGAACUAUGAAGAUGCGUUGUCAUCUGAAGACUGUGAAACCUUAUACCAGUUUGUUUAUGCCACCCACCGACCACUGGCUGUAGCAGCUGGGGAGUUUCUUUAUAACAGGUACCUCAGUGUGACUAUUUUUAUUUGGCACUUGGUUGGCUCCAUAAUAGCAGAGCCAGCCCUUGCAUAUGCUAUAAGCAUCAUAAUUCAACACACACACACAAUUCUCUUUUGAGUGAUUGUGGUCUAGGCUGAUUCUUGUUACAUUUUCAUUUGGUCCGAUCUCCACCGGUGUAAAAUAAGCAUGCAAACGUAGUAACCAAAGAACUGCAUUAGUAGAAAUGUUGAUCCUUAAGCAUGUGAUGGGAUGCCCAAAUAUACACUCACUCAGACAACCAGUCCUGGGUUAUUUUUAUGCAUACAUUUGUGUGUGUGUGUGUGUGUGUGUGUGUGUACACAUGGUUAGGGCUAGAGCAGCUAUAUAAAUCCGUGAAAAUCAGUUUUGUUUCACCAGGCCUUAACUUCAGCUGAUUUUGUCUGUUGAUUUGUCUUGCCAAUGCUUGCAUUUCUUAGUUCGUUCUCCUUCUUUUCAUUUUUCUUGGUAAAAAUUUCCUUAGUUCUUUCCGUGCCUCCAGAUGGGAAGUUCUUUGGUCUUUCAUAGAUUUAAUUACUUUCCUUUGGAUGCCGUCAAAGAGUAUAGAACCCAGGUGAAUUCUCAUCCACACUGAGUUCUUCUGUGAAUAUUUCCCUCCCAUUUCUUGGCUGUUUUGUGUUAGAUAUCUGUUGGAAGGAAUCCAGAAUUAUCUGCCUACCUGUGUGAUUAUCAUAUAAUUUUGAGCAUAAUGCCAUUUCCUUCAGUGUGAAAGUUGACCUUAAAGGGUCCCCUCCCUCCCUCCCUCCCUCCCUCCCUCCCUCCCUCCAUUGCCAGAGAUGCUUCCUGUGGGUGUUAUAGUGAGGAGACAUUGUUAGGGUUCACUGAGGAGCGUUUCAGGCCGAAUCCCUGGGUCUGGCUCUUUAAUGAUAUUUUGCAAUUAUAGUUUAUAUACACAGACUGAUGUGCAGGCUUGCUACAAAAUAUUGCCUGGCUUUAUUUAUUUCAAUACAUUUGGAUCCCACCUUUUAUCCAGGGAGCUUAAGGUGGCAUACAUGGUUCUCUCCCUCUCCCUAUUUCAUCCUCACAACAACCCUGUGAGGUAAGUUAGGCUGAGAGGCAGUGACUGGCCCAAGGUCACCCAGGGAGCUUCAUGGCAGUGUUAGAAACUGAGAUAUGAAAGCUAGGAGCUAAAUGGCACCUUAAACCUAGGUUAUGGGCACAACAAUGGAAUGUCUAGGCACACUUUUUUAAUAACAAGAAUACAAAGCUGAAAAUGAAUGAACUGCAACUAAAAUAUUAUUUUAUUCAUUUUUCACAUGGUCUAGUCCUUCCCCUGCCCACCCCCCUAAUAUUCUUAAAAGGGUCUCUUCUUCAGUCUUCAUGGAGUAGCUGGAAGUGGGGAGGCAGAAAAAGUUCUUCCUUUCCUUCCACUCUGCAGUUUUAAUCUGAAAUCUUAGGCACAGUACUGCGCCCAGAGCUCAAGAACUGCUCACGCUAAUUAAAUUCCCUGUUGCAAAAUGUGCAUAGAACAAUGGGAGUUUUGAACACUGCAUCAUGGGUUAAGUAGGGUUCAGAAUCUGGGUCUCCCAAGUCUUAGUUCAACACUCUGACUGCUUUCCUGUUGCUCUUAGGAAACUGCCUUAUGCCGAAUUUGAUUGGUCCCUCUAGAUCACUGCCUCUCAAACUUGGGUCCCCAGCUGUUGCUGGACCACAACUCCCAUCAUCCUUGACCGCUGCUUCCCAGCUGGGGAUGAUGGGAGUUGUAGUCUCAAGAACAGCUGGAGACCCAAGCUUGAGAAACACUGGUCUAGAUCAUUGUGGUCUGCAAUGACUAGCAGCGGCUUUCCACGGUGUCAAAGGGGGGCCCCCGGCCCCACCUGGAGAUGCUGGUGAGAGAACCUGGAGCCUUCCGCAUGCAAGCCAGAUGCUGUAUCAUUGAGCUGUGGCCCUUCUCCAAACAUUUAGUCCUUCACAGCCCCAGAUCUCUGCCUUCCCUUCCCUUACGUGCCAACCCUUUUCAUCUCCUCCUAUUGGUUGCCCCAUUUUGUAUCUCUCCUUCCUCUCUGCUCCGUCAUUUGUCUUGCCAACUCUGUUCCUGACCUGUUUUCACUGAUUUUCUUGUUUGUCUCCGUCUCCGUCCCCCACUAUUUCUUGUUUUCCUUUUUGUCCUUUUUUUCCUCUCCCACCCCAGGUGCAUCUUCUCCUGCCUUCCUUCCUUGUUUGCUUGCUCAAUUCUCUUUCCCACCUACCCAAUGACUGCUUUUCUUUGCACCGUUCUUCCUUGGCUUCCCUUUCUCAGCUUUGUUCUGGCCCCCAUCCAUCCUGCAUCACUUGUUCCCCUCUUUUCUCCCCCUCCAGUUUACCUCUGCAAGGGCUUUUUUUCUUCUCCCAGCAUGCUCAGCCAGGAGCCUUUGCAGUGGCUUUUGGAAAUUGGAUCUGGGGGUUCCCUUCCACCACGUCGCACACCUGCAAGGGCUUUCUGAAGCCCCACAUUACAGUGCUGCAUGAGAAAAGUUUUUUUAAAAAGCCAUCCAAAGAUGAUGUUCUGCUUGUGGGACGUCUCGAAAAAGCACGAGAACGGCUUUAGAAGCGAUCUCCUGCAGCGCUUCUCAAAGUCUUACACAAGUGUUUGCAGAUCUGUCCGAGGUUCUUUAGGAUCCUACCCAUUAUCUCCAAAACUCUCACAAAACUUCAGUAAAGCAAGUCAGGGUUGCUGAGAGAACAGGGGCGGGGCUUCCCUACGGCUAAUUAUUUUAAGUGAUUUCAAUCGUGUGUGUUUAUAUUGUUGUAAUUCUGGGACCUUUGUGAUGAAGGGCAAGUAAGAAAUCCAGUGAAUAAUAGUGCCAUUUAGUAAGUUCACGGCUGCAGUAAGAUUUGAACAAAGGCUUCCCCCGCUCCUCCUGCUUACACUUUUUGCCUUUGGCUUUUGCCAAAUGUUAUAUAGGGGUUUUCUCUCUCUCUCUCUCUCCCUCCCCCCCCCUUCUGUUUUCUCUGCUUGUUGAUUUCUACCCAGUGAGCCAAUUUCUUGCCAAGCAGCAUCUGCUUGUGAUUGUUGUGAAUGGUUUAUCUUUUCUGAUUAAUCACAAAGGGUCUCUUCUUGCACAAUGCAGCUGUGUAGUAAAAAACAAACAAACCCCAAAAACAAACAAACCCAAAACUAAAACUUGAAUAAUUUAGUGAGACAGUAGAUUAAAACAAGUUCCAGUUUUUCAGUCAAGUUAAAAUCUCACUCUCCCAAGAGUAGCUUCGUAAAUGGGCCUUGGUAACAAUAUGUGGAUUAGGGGAAAUGAACUAGAAUGAUAAAAGGGAACCCCCAUUGGUAUUGGGAUGAUUUUUUAUUACUUACCACUGUGACAUGUUGAUGAAAAUAAUUUAUUAUAGUCGAGGUUUUUCCCCGCAUUUUUCAUCAAUCAUGCUUUUUGUUUAAUUUUCCAUAAGCCGAUAGGUUGAAAAAAUGCAAAAAAUUAAAAAAUUAAAAAAAUAGAAAGAGAAGAGAAGAAAAAUAACAGCCAACAACUACGCUGAUGCAGAAACAAUACGCUGUUGCCAUAAAUUAAAAGUCUUUCAGUUUUUUUCUUUUCUGGAUUUUAGCAGGAGGGCCAUCUGCUCAUGCAAUGGGUCUUUUCCUGCCUCCUCCCCCCCCCCCCGUAUACCCCUAACAACUUGCUCUUGGAAUUGCCCCAAUCCCUAGAAGCAGAUUUGGGUGGGGGCACGGGGCAGGAGAAGGACAGGAAGUUCUGUUGCAUUAGUGGAAGUUGUUCCACGAGCCCAGUUACAUUGUUGGAUACAACCCCUUGUCUGGAACCCUUUUUGCCCUUUCACUCAGACCAGAAGGAGCUGGAGUUCUUAUCAUUAUGAGCCACAUGACUCCUAACAGCUUCAAAAAAUUAAUGUGUUGGAUCAGCGUAUGUUUAUUAAUGUUGUAAUUAUCAUAAUGGGAGUAAGUUCCAUUGAACUCUAUAUGGGACUUACUUCUGAGUAGACAUUUCUAGGAUUGUGCUGCUAGAAUAUAUAAUAUAUCUGGCAAGGCAUUUUGAAAACAGAAUCUAAUUGUCCGCUUUUUCUGUUGGCAGUUUAAUUGUCCAGGAAAUUGAAAUUGAAGCAUUCUCCAAAAGUAAUGCAAAGUGGGAGCCCAAUUCUAGUCAGCUGAGAGCACUAAUAGAUUUCUUCCUGGAAAGUGAGGUAAAGGUAAUGCAUACUGUGUUGGAUAUUCACAGAGGUGUCUCACAGAUCAGGACCAAUUAAUGAAGUUAAUGUAAGGGUUUGAGGGAGGGAAGAAAAGAAUUGUGAUAAUAACAAGAAAUGAUUUGAUGAUAAAAGUGUACUGGAAGGUAAAGUUUCAAAAUGUGAUUGAUAUUUUCAAGUAAUUGUAGACUGGAAGAUUUGGACAAGUAGGCACAUGAAGAAUAUAUUUAAGAAGGGUACCUGAAGGUGCAGAAGGGAAGAGCUUGGUUAUGUUCUUAGAAAAAUAGUUAGCUGUUUUAUUGGAAUGGGUAUUCGGUUGGGUGCAUUUUCUGACUGGAAGCUAAGGCGCCAAGGCAAUUCAUAUUUUGCCAUCAGGUUUUAAGUUUGGCAGAAGGUGGAAGUACAAAUUAAUCAAUAUAAGGUCAAAAUCUAUCUGAGAUCUCUCAUUCUGAGAAACCAUAAGAAUUCUAAUACUUUAACCUGUUUUGCUGCAUGAUAUAAACUGUUUGCUUUUCAUAAAUAAUCAUAAUAAAUUAUUACCAUGCAUUAUUCAUUGAGUUAAGAUUGUUCGUUGAAUUUAGGUGCGAUACAUGGCCUUAAUUUGAGCUGCUUGUUACUGAUAGUUCAUGUCAUAUAUAUUGGCAAAAUUUUAACAUAAUAGGCUGCAAUCAAAAGAAGCAAUAUUCACACGUGGGAAAGAACUGUGCUUGAAGAGAUGGCGGCUUGUCUCUUCCACUGCUGAAGAGAUAAGCCACUGUUCACUUUAAAAAGCAGCCUGGCUGUUUGACAGUGGAGAUCUGCUGCAGGAAUAACAUAAAACAAGGCUCCAGCAUGUGUUGUACAUGUUUCUGCUCCACCUCUUCCCAAACAAGUAUUAGAUCAUAAUGGGAAGUCAUGUUCAGUGAACCAUUUUUGAAGGUCUGAGUUGUUGUUGUUGUUAUUUAUUUUUAGCUACAUAGCCACGUCACGUAUCUUGUAGACAGCCUUUGGGAUUGGGCCCCAAGUUUAUUGAAAGACUGGGAGUACAUGACUGCUCUUUUAUUGGGAAAUGCCGAUAGUCACGAACAAGGUAGGUGCGUCAGGAGAACUUGGCACUUUCGACUUGUGUUGCUGCCUUCGGUUUCAGCCAAUCCAAUACAAACCAUUGGACUAUAGAGCCAGGAUGGAUGAGAGGCGUCGUGUGGUUUCAUUAACAGAUACCCUUUUUCAUCAAGCACCAGUUUAAAAUGCUGUGUGGUGUUUUGGCACUGAAAUGGAGACUCUGUCUUCCACUUGGAGCUCUGCUUUGUGGUCCACUCAAUAAAAAUCCUCAUUGUUCUCUUUGGAGCUUAAUUGCUACUUCAGAGCAAAGCAGUGCAGUAACUGGAAUAUGUAUGCUAGUCUUUCUUGGCUAAUGAACUUUGAUGUUCUGUUAAAUUCAUCUGUUUCCUUCUUGAAUAAUUUUAUUAGAGCUUUGUCCUUCAUUAUGUGCUGCGUUACAGUAAGUUCCGCAGAAUAACUUGAAUGCCCUGCGUGGUGAAAAUCUAUUCAAAAACUUCCAGUGUUGCUUUUUAGCUAACUUAAAACAAAAUGGCCCGGAGAAAGGAAAAGUUUCUGUGUUAACUAUCCUAGGAUUCCCACCUCUUUCUAUGAGAGACCGAAUGGCGUCUGUGUGUCAUUUUGCUUUCAGCGCUGACUGAUGCCCAUGAGCGUGUCCUUAUUGAAAUAAUCUUAGCGACCGUUCGAGAAGCUGCUGAAUUUCAUCCUCCUGUGGGGAGAGGAGGGACCAGGAGAGUGAGUGGCAUUUUGUUAUACUGCUUUGAUCAUCUGGCUUUUGAUUCACACCACACACACACACACACACACACACACACACACCAUUGAUCCCAGCUGCAGGUUUCUCUGCAUUGACAGAACAGAAUCAUGGUUGCAAGACGAGCACAAAGCCUUCAGUCUAACCAGUGCAAUAGAGGGCAAGUGUAUUUAGAACACCCACAGAACCUUAAUGUCCAGCGCCUGCAGUUGUAAAGCAGCUCUGUUUUCAUUUGCCUGCAGUUUGAGGAAAGCUGCAGUACUAAGCAUGCUUGUUUUGAAGGCCAUUACAUCCAAUAAGGAAGUGUGCUUCUCUCCUGCAGAGAGACGAGUGGGCUGUACGUGCAUUUUAACACAGUAUUCUUCAACCUUGGGAAUUGUAGUCCAACAACAUCAGGGUGUUCAAGGUUGAAGAACACAGCAGUAUCUUCUGAAUAAACAUGACUAGGAUCAGAUUGGGAAAGCAAAUGUUUAACUGCAGCCUAUUGUAAUGUGGCUUCCUGAUCUUGUAAGCAGUAACCCAGUUUACCAAAUAUAGUGACAAACACACCAACUUGUUGAUACUGCAAGGGUCAAGAGAUCUGCAUAGCUUGUUCGCAGAACUGAGAAGUGUUGGAACUCUUUCACAAGGUUCCUGAUACGACUGGAAUUCCCAGAGGUUUCUUUAUCUGCACUCCACGUCCCUUGGCUCAAAACAUGGAAUACUUCUUUGCCAACUAAAGAAUCUGCAUGGCAAAGCUGCCAACUUUUCCUUCCAGUCAAUAGCCACCCCCCCUUUUAAAAAACUCCAUAAUCCGCAAUCAAAACACUGUUCAAAUACUGCGCUUAAUUAAUUAAAAUCUGAAGCUUCCAUCCCCAGCAUUUUGCCGUAUUAAGUUUUAACCCUACAGCUAGCUUAAGCAUAGAUCAGCAACCUGCUUAUGCUAUAACUGCAACAAAGGGCUUUGUCUGUAGAUCCUGUCUUCCAGGGAGAAGAAGAUACAAGUGGAAGAUUGUACUCGAAUUACUGAACACUUCAUUGUGGUGCUUCCUCAGCUCUUGGCAAAGGUAACUAGCAGCUGCUCUUGUGAGUGCAUAUUAAAUAAUUCAUUUGAAUUUCAGCAGCUCACUCAUAUCCUGUUUCCCCCCCUCUGCAGUAUUCUGUAGAUACAGAAAAAGUGACGAACCUCCUGCACAUUCCACAGUAUUUUGAUUUAGAGCUGUGCAGUGCUGAACUCCUGGACAAGGUGAAUUUGUGUGUGUGUGUGUGUGUGAGAGAGAGAGAGAGAAAAAAAAACUUCAAGAAAGGAUUAUAUAUUUAUUUGUCAAGAUUUAUAUAGCAAUUUAAUUGAGGAAAAAACCACCCAAGCAGUUUGCAUAAAAUUGCACAAGACAGCUAUUAAAAAAAUAAACCCAGACUUUAAAAGCAGUAGACAUAACAAAAUGUCAAAAUAUAGAUAAAACCCACAAAUGUCUGUAAUAAAACUGCGUGCCUUUGUUUAGGCUUGAUUCCUUGCAAAUGUGGCGCUCCUGCCGAGUAAGACUACAGUCUGCAGAGCUGUAAUUCAUUUUAACUGAUGAGUUUUUAUAGCCCUUUUGAUCCAUGUGCGUGCUGAUGCGUGUGGUUGGAUUGGUGCUUGUGGGCUGGAGGCAGGUGACAGCCUUUUUUUUCCAUCGCAGUGCUCCAGAAGUUGAGUUGAAAAAAACAUGGGCCACCAAGACAUAAAAGUGUCCCGCAUGUGGUGAUAUUGAGGGCAGAUGCUCAGGCUGUACAUAUGUGGGAAAUCCUGAGUUACGCAUGAAUGGCAUCUUCCUCUCAGGUCACACCUUUUCCCUUGGAUUCCUUCCCACACAUCUAACUUUGUGCCAGAGCUCUGAACUGGUGACAUAGGAAGGUCUUGUGUGCAUGUGCUCUAAGAGUGAGGCUGUGUAUGCAUGACAUUCUGGAAUCAAUGGAAACUGGGUCCUUGUGUUUUUGUCCAUAGUCCACACGUGAACUAGAUAUUUUUGUCUGUAGCCCACACGUGAACUAGAUAUUUUUGUCUGUAGCCCACACGUGAACUGGCAUUUUUGCCCCAAUAAGAUGCUUGUUGAGUACUGGUUUGAUUCUGAAAAUAAAGCUCACUGCAGAUUGUUUCUGCAUUGCCCCAUAGCAUGUCUGUUUAAAUACAGAUGCAAACAGAUGUAAGUGUGAGUGUUUACCCAGAUUUCUGUUGCCAUUUCCUUCUUCAUUCGCCUGGGGCAUGUGCAGGGAGGAAAAGGCAUGGAUAACUUAAGUAGUAGUAGUAGUAGUAGUAAUAAUAAUAAUAAUAAUAAUAAUAAUAAUAAAUUUAUUUAUUAUUUAUACCCUGCCCAUCUGGCUGGGUUUCCCCAGCUACUCUCUGGGCGGCUUCCAACAAAACACUAAAAUACAAUAACUUAUUAAACAUUAAAAGCUUCCCUAAACAGGGCUGCCUUCAGAUGUCUUCUAAAAGUUUGGUAGUUAUUUUUCUCUUUGACAUCUGGUGGGAGGGCCUUCCACAGGGCGGGCGCCACUACCGAGAAGGCCCUCUGCCUGGUUCCCUGUAACUCGGCUUCUCACAGCGAGGGAACCGCCAGAAGGCCCUCGGCGCUGGACCUCAGCGUCCGGGCAGAACGAUGGAGGCGGAGAUGCUCCUUUAGGUAUACUGGACCGAGGCCGAAGCAAGGGGAAGGGUAUUCAAAAUGUCUAUUAAGUCAGCACACCCCUUGUGAGUGGCAUCUUCUAGAAUCAAGCUAGACUGGAAGCAGCAGGCUGAGGAUGACCGCGAGUGACUCUGGAUCGAGGAAAAUUAUGCUUUUUCGUGCUAUAAAUAGCUUAGUGUAUACUCAGCCUGAGUAAUAACAUAUGCCCCCCAUCUCUGUGAAUUAGGUCACUGUUGUUCUCCCUUUGCAGACUGGCCAUGAACCAUGCAAGUCAGUGUCCUGCUCAAGGCUAUACGAGGAGUUCUAAUAGUAAUAAUAAUAAUAAUAAUAAUAAUAAUAAUAAUAAUAAUAAUAAUAUUUAUUAUUCAUACCCCGCCCAUCUGGGCAACUCCCAAUAGAAUAUUAAAAACACGAUAAAGCAUCAAACAUUAAAAACUUUCCUAAACAGGGCUGCCUUCAGAUGUCUUCUAAAAGUCAGAUAGUUUUUUAUUUCCUUGACAUCUGAUGGGAGGGUGUUCCACAGGGCGGGCGCCACUACUGAGAAGGCCCUCUGCCUGGUUCCCUGUAACCUCAAUUCAUGCAGUGAGGGAACUGCCAGAAGGCCCUCGGCGCUGGACCUCAGUGUCCGGGCUGAAAUAUGGGGGUGGAGACGCUCCUGGGCCAUGGCCGUUUAGGGCUUUAAAGGUCAGCACCAAAACUUUGAAUUGUGCUUGGAAAUGUACUGGGAGCCAAGGUAGAUCUUUCAGGACCGGUGUUAUGUGGUCUCGGCUGCCGCUCCCAGUCACCAGUCUAGCUGUGUAGACAGACUCUGAACCUAGGUUGCCUGAGUUCCAAACUGAAUGCUAUCUUGCGGGUUCCAUGGGUUCAUAGUUUAAUGACAUUUGCUGUACUUUUGUUUUAUCCACAGCACUUGGACACAUUUCUGAGUGAGAUAAAAGCCGUUGUAUCCAAGCACUCUUACACAGAUGUCCUGAACGCUUGCGCCAGGGUAUACGCCACUCUUUGUGGUGAAGACGGUUCUGGCCAUAAAAAAGUGAGCUUGGCCAGAGAUGAACUGGUGGAUGAACUGGUGCACAGUCUAAACCAGUGCUUGGACACCUUUUGGGAUGAGGUGGGUGUGAAGUCUGGAUAUGUAACGAGAAAUGAAAUUUAGGUUUCCGGAGCAAAAUUUGAACAGGGUUUCUUUUUGUUAAUUUUGUAUGCUCUCUCUCUCUCUUUUUGUGUGUGUGUGUGUACAAGUGCAAACAUGGCAAAAUCACAUCUGAUUGAUUUCCCUAAUCAUGUUCCUAAUAUGUAUGAAGAGGUGGUAGGGUUUAUGUGAUCUUUGCAUAGGCACGGCUGAGUAGAUUUUCCAGUUCACAAGCUGGCAGUGCUGCCUGCCGCUUUCAUCGUUUGGGGGGGGGGGGAAGGAUGUCCUUUUCCUCCCUCUCCCUCCACCAAUGGAGAAAUACUGAAGUCCUCUAGGCCAUAGCAGGUGGUGGGAGGAAAAGGGCAAAAGGUCUGGCCAAGGCAUGAGCUGCAUCCCCUCCUGUUGCCUUGGAACGUUUAAAGUUAAUAAUAGGAAGCGCUUCGAAGAUUCAUUAUGGGAACCCUUCUUUAGCCCAAUAUACUCCUACACAGAAGUGAUAUCCUUGCCAGAAAUGUAUCACAUGCAAAGUGGGCCAAACUGUAAUGAUGGUCUUUACCUUUUUUGUGUGUUUAACUGUUUAGAUCCUGCCACAACAGUAAUUACCACGAAUAUUUCUGACUAUUGCUUGUUUUCUGUUUGAAGUAGUGCAAAGAAUCCCUCUAUUGGAAUAUAACGUGCCUCUCUUGACAGAGUGCUGCAUGAUUUGUGAACGUUUAAGUCUGUUCUUCACAUCUCGGGGAACUGAUAUUCUAUCACUAGACUAUUUAAAGUCUGCAUUCUUAACUAAUGACUGUCUGCUAUUUGACAUCAUUUGUCUGAGGUCCAGUGAGGAAAAAAUAAUUUACUAAUUGCAGAUGAAACUGAGCUUUUUCCUUAUUAGGGCAAGGAAGACUUUUCUUCUUCCAUAACUUUUUAAAGUUCAGCCUCUGCAUGGAGAUUGCUUUGUUGAAACAUCUUGCAGCAUUUUUAAACUUUAAAAGUGGCUUUUGCAUUUCCAUUUGUGUUGGGCUGGUUGGGGGUGGGAUUUGCUACAGAAAUACUUGAAAAGGUUUUCAUUAGUUCUAAGAAUACAAGAGCAGCUGUUGGGAAUAUGAAUAGCUUGCAGACUCGGUUCAACAACAGUUGAUCAGCUGUGCCAUUGCUAACAGAUGUCAUUCCAACAUAUAAGAGUUCAUGCUGAUAGUUUCUUUUCUUUUCUUUUCUUUUUUAAAAAAUGGAAGUACAGUAAAUGUGUCAGGUUAAAUUUGCCCACACUUUUAUUUUUGGUAGCAAAUAAUAAGAAAACAUCAAUUCUGCACCAACCCGCACCAGUUUAUGCAGUGAGAUUAGCCAGAUUCCAGCCAUUAACAACCUAGUUUUCUGCAGAUUUGCAAGUUGGCAGGGUGGGUGGAGGAUUAGAGAGAAAUAUGCUUGAUUUCCAUUAUUUAGGUUGGCCCCCUGAGGUGAUUCUUGCAGCGGCAUUUAAUCCCCCCAGGUUGGGGAGGGAAAGUUCCUGCCAUUCCAUGGAACUUUGCGCGUGCGCGUGCGCGUGCGCGCAAGCACACCCACACCCACACCCACACCCACACCCCGGCAAAGACUCGGUGAGGGGUGGCAUCCUACAGUUUGACAGAUCAUCUGAUGUGAGUCAGAGCAACGCAGGAGCAGCCCAGCAUAGGGGAUCCAGAAGCAAACUUUCAGCACUCUUGCGGGAAGACUGCAUGUCCCCCAGUAGGCAGUGCAGGCAAUCAUGCUGCCUCUCUGCCAAAUAACUGCUUACAGGGGGAAGAGAACUCUAUGCCAGUAGUAGCCAGUAUGGUGCCUUCCACUUAUUGUAGGCUACAGCUCCCCUCAUCCAUGACCAUUGGGCGUGCUAGCUGGCGAUGAUGGGUAAUAAUAAUAAUAAUAAUAAUCAUAAUAAUAUUUAUACCCUGCCCAUCUGGCCGGGUCUCUCCACAACAAAAUAUUAAAAUACAGUGAUCUGUUAAAACAUUAAAAGCUUCCCUGAACAGGGCUGCCUUCAGAUGAAGUCUUCUAAAAGUCUGGUAGUUGUUCUUCUCUUUGACAUCUGGUGGGAGGGCGUUCCACAGGGCGGGUGCCACUACUGAGAAGGCCCCCUGUCUGGUUCCUUGUAACUUGGCUUCUCGCAGUAAGGGAACCUCCAGAAGGCCCUCAGAGCUGGACCUCAGUGUCUGGGCAGAACGAUGGGGUGGAGAUGCUCAUUCAGGUAAACUGGUAUUGUUGUCCACAAAAUCUACCCGCUCUAUAUUUUAUUGUUGUCGUUAUUUUUGUUUUGUCUUGUCUAAAUUUCAUCCAAGGAUCACAGGGUCGUUUACAAAAUAAAAAUAGAUAACAUAGUAACAAGCAAAAACAAUAACCCCCCCAGUUUAAAAUGCCAUAGAUUGUUUAAUUAGCCCAAAGACCUGGGAGAGGAGGAAUGUUUUCGCCUGGCACCGAAAGAUAUGUUACAAAGGUGCCAGGCAAACGUCCCUGGGGAGCACAUUUUGCACAUGGGGAGCCACCACAAGAAAGGCCCAUUCUUGUGUUGGUGGCAUACAAAAGGCCUCAGAUGAUGAUUGCAGGGUGUGGGUUGAUUCAUAUGGGGAGAGGCAGUCCUUGGGGUGUGUGCAGGUGUAUGCACUGUGGGGGGAGUCUGCACGUUGUGUGUGUGUUGGGGAGGGGGCAGGAAUACUGCUGGUCCCUUUUGCCCUAUCCAAGCCUGCUUUUCAGAGAGAGAAGUUGCUGCUCAAAUGUCACAUAGUCUUUUCUCCUGUCUCCUACACAGGGAGGAGGGCUUCGUGCAGAAAAAGAAGGAAUUCAUCAUAUAUGCUUGAUGUUGCGAAGAAUAACUGCUUUUCAUCAGUGAGAUGCUUGUUUAUGUUGAUUAUUAAUUCACUUUAGUGACCCUCUGUGGGCACAUACAAUUAGAAUAAUGCUGCUUUGUUUACAGACAUAAAGCCAGGCAGCAUAGAAUCAUAGAGUUGGGACCCAACGGUCAUCUAGUCCAACCCCCUGCAAUACAUAAUAUAUUGUAUUAAAAUGUAUUGUUUUAAUUAAGAAGUGCAGGUGUUGGGAUCAGGAAAAUCCCAGGGUCUGCUCUGAAGGCACAUUAAGCAGCUGCCCCGCCGAAGGUAAGCAAGUCCACCUGGGAGCCAUCUUGGGUUCCAUGAUGGAAGAAAGAUGGGAUAUAAAUGGAAGAAAAGAAAGGCUUUGCUAAUGUAAGCCAAGAUGCUAAGAGACUCAAAGUUUCUAAAGUCUGUGGAGACUGUUUUGGGGCCCAUAUACAGAUGAAAGUUAUGGUGUUUAUGUGAUGGCACUGUUUCCUGGUCAAUUUAGAUAAAGUGAAGGCCCACUUAGAGCCAUUUAAGUAUAAAGGCUGCCACCUUUCAAGAUGUUGUGAAAGAAUAAAUAGUUAGUGAAUAUUGGCUAUAUUUUUUAAUACAGUGGUACCUUGGUUUAAGAACAGCUUGGUUUAAGAACAGCUUAGUUUACGAACAACUUGGAUUAAGAACGCUGCAAACCUGGAAGUAGGUGUUUUGGUUUGUGAACUUUACUUUCGAAUAAAAACAUGUUUCACUUCCUGUUGAGUGUGUUCCAUUUGUAAAUUGAGUCCCCCACUGCUAUGGGAAAGCACACCUUGGUUUAAGAACACUUUGGUUUAAGAACAGAUUACCGUAAAUUCGUAAACCAAGGUACCACUGUAACAGGAUUCUCUGGAAUGUUUGGUUUCUAGUUGUGCAAAUAGGGCUCUGGGACUUUUUUUUUUUUUAAAGGAGUCAGACUGAAGCCCUCCACCCUGCCCGCCACUCAUGUCUGAAAUGGAACUCAGUUCUGAAUUCACUACAUUAAUGUUGUGUCACAGUGUAAACACAUAGCAUGAUGGAUGGCACUGACGUAGUAAGACACAUCUAGGAUUUUGCUGAGUAUCCGUCCCUGAUCUUUGUACCAGGGGGCACAUGGCACUUGUCCUCUUUGCAUGCUAAUACUUAUAUCAUGGGCUUGCUGGUUUCAAGGGACUAGAAACAUCUAUAGUGCUGUAGACAGGCAUCGCCAAGCACUUCCAUUUAUUCAUGCAAAAUUAGUAUAGCUCAGUUGGUUAGAGCAUGGUACUGAUAUCGCCAAGGUUGCAGGUUCAAUACCCCAUAUGGGACAGCUGCCUAUUCCUGCCUUGCAGGGGCUUGGACUAGAUGAUCCGCAGGGUCCCUUCCAACUCUACCGUCCUAUGAAAUUGUUGUAUUUGUUUCUUAAGAUUGGAGUACUAUAGGCCUGGGCUAGAAUGCUGUGUGCUCUCUGGGAAUGGGAGUCCUGCCUUGCAUAGAUCUUGCCGAUAAGCCAGAUUAUUAUUUCCCCUGCUCCGCUCCCCGCAGGCCAAGUUUGACAAAUGGGAGGGGCCUGAUGCUACAAAGCUCCAUUUGCAAGCUCCAUUUUGUCUGAACCGGGGUCUUUUACCUGAUAUAUGAUGUCGGGUGUUGGGCAGCUAGGCAUGGCUUGGGCGAAAUGACCUAGCAGGCCAAAUUAGGCCCCCUAUUUUGGCAUUACCAGUUCAGGCAAUUUAUGCAACACAACUCUUGCACCCCUUUUAGCACUUGUAUUCUCACAGUGCUGGAAUUUGGGACUCUCCUUUUGAAUUGCUAACCAGUGUGGGAACAAGUAAGCUUUGAAGAUGAUUCUGAAUCUGUGGCUAUCCUACUAAAAGUCUAGUUGUAAUAGGCUGCUUUCCACUUGCUUUGUUGGGCUGGAUUAAUUUGGUUGGGGGUUUUUUUUGUUGUUUUUUACAACAAACCCAUUUGAGUUAAAGCCAUGCUUCAUUGUGCAGAUUGCCAACCUAAGGAUUUCUGAGGGUUGUGUUUUUGUUUUUGUUUUUUGUUAAACGAGUUGGAAUCAAAUUGAUGAGUAAAGAGGGUGAGGGCAGUCUUGAGUAUUCUAUUGAUGGGACUGUUUUGUCACAGCUGCUUGAAAGUUCUCAGAGUGAUGCUGUGUUUCCUUUUGGACUUGUAGUGCUCAUGAUCUCACCAGGUGGAAUCUCUAUGAACCACUGGCUAAGCUCCUUGGUUUUGAGGUGGAACAAAAUCCUUUACCUGUUCAGGUAACCGUGAUCAAAUUAUGGACCAGAAAAUAUUUCGCGUCUCCAAAAUAGCACACCAGUGUAAAUUAAGUCCUAGUUUCAGCAUCCCAUGGGUUUAAUGACCUCCCCCACCCCCCGGCCAUUUUCCGUCUUGUUAGGCUGAAUUUCAGCUGAUGCUUGAGUCUGAGUAGAACACAUUCUUAAUUCAGUGACAGAAGUGGCGUUUAGAUGUGGGCGAAUCACUGGAUUCUUUCUUUGUGGCAGAGGAGUGGAAUUUUCUGCAGUGAGGUGACUGCCCAUGCUAAGCUACUCGGUUCAGGAUUUGAAAUGAUUAAGUCACGACUCUUGGUUUUCUUUUGCAGAUCCUUUGGCCUGCUUUACAAUGUGCUUAUUCUGCACUGCUUUGGCAGCUCUCUUCUGCACUAGAGAACACUUCUUCCAAGGUUAGUCCCAGGGUGGGGACUUCAAGCCACUUCUCAAGGCUUCUUUGUGUCCUUUUGUGCUUCGUUGGUCAAUUUGGAGCUUCAGAAGAAUUUGAGCUUCCAGAAGCAAAAGUGGCUCAUGUUCUGAUUUCCUGAUUCUGGUGCAGUAGUGACUCAAAACCAAGCAACACCAUCCUUCAGCUCCCACUUCAGAGAUUAUUUGGAGUCCUUUGUGAUAUCCAUCAGCCUCUUCUUCCCAGGCUGCAUCAGAAGCAUGUUGUUCAUACUUUUGCAAACCUUGCAUCUGAUAAUAACAACCGAUUGGUUGGAGAGAGAGAGCAACUACCUGUGAAACAGGGCCUUCACAAACUGAUUUUUUUCUUCCUCAGGAAGAAAAUCAUCAUGGUAACAUGUGCUUUCCUUUGAUCACAUGGACACUGUGUGCAAAUGUGAACUGCUUGAGUGUAAACCACUAUGAGGUUUUAUCAGUGCUUUUUUUUCUUAAAAAAUGUUUAGGGGUAUUCUCAUUUUGACUCAAGAAAAAUCACCAUUUUAUAGUUCAAAUCGGGGAAAUAAAUACAGUAAAUGAACAAAAGUACAAAGAUUCGCUAAAUGUUUAAGGGUAUGCAUCCCCGCAGAAAAAAAGCACCGGGUUUUAUUACAAUCAAGCAGUAUAUAAAUAAAAUUAACACUGUGGGCAGCAUGUUGACGUCUUCUUAGCACAUGCAGUGUACACAUGGCCAAAAUUGAGUUUAUAUUUAUAUUAUAGAGGAUAGGGGCAGCUUGCCCUGAUGAGAGUUUUUGGGAAACAAUUAAGGGCACCUGGGACACCAAAACGUCUUUGGCUGCCAUAUUGUACCUUGUAAACAAUGGUUAUAUAUGGAGAAUACACCCGGAUGAUCCCUGAGUGACUUCACUAAUCUGUUUUUUGAUAGGAAACCCAAACAAAUCGUGCCAGCAGCUCAUUUGCUGCAUGUUUGUGUGGUUUCUGUCUUGAUUUCAUCUGCAGUUUUUUGUGGGAUGCUGUAGCCAGUUUUCUGGGGGGUACUCAAGGGUACGCAGUACUGGCACCUACUUUCCCCAGAAGAAAAGCACUGGGUGUGUAUCAGAAUGAAAAAAGAAAAGAAAAGAAAGGAAAGGAUGUCACUCUGAGAUUAAAAAAAAUAUUCUUUAUGUAAAUCAGCAUUUCCCACUCUGGGACACCUUGGUCCCCUGGAGCAGGGACCUGAGUGACAAGGGGAAGUGAGCUGACACAGAUUGGAGCUGAUUACAUCUUGUCCUUAUUCCACACUAUCACUACGCUGUCUAUAUAGUGUGACAGAUUGUUGCAAAACAGUGGAUGGGAGGAAUAAACCCUCAUUAGAUUCUGUGCACAUCUCUGUGCUACGCUACUGGCAAGAUAGAGAGUGAAAAACUGCUGGAUACAAAGGUAGAAUGAGGAGGAUCAUGGUGUCCUGUGGAUUUUAUAGAGAUUUCUCACAGCUCCUGCGACUCCUUGCUCCCCGCCCCCUUCCUCUGUGCUUCCUCUUCAAACAGAAUAAGAUGCGAAGAAGAAACUUGAGAUGCUACAAAGUUCUGCACCUUUCACAGAAGCCUUGAGAUGGGCUUCAAUGACAUAGAAUUAUUCAAAGAGGCAUUUUGCAGAAAUAAUUUCUGAUUUUCUCCUUCCCCUUAAAGGAAAGCAUUCUUGCCUUGAGGACACACUUGAAGCAGUACUGCCACAUUUGUACGUGCUACCUCAGCCACCGCAGCAGAAAGUUACGUGAAAAGGUAAGAAUCCUACAUGCCCUUUCAUAGGACUUUUCCCUUUAGAUUUGCACCCCUCCCUAUCCUAAGUGCAAUGUGGGCAAGUGUUGUGUACACAUAUUCAGAAGAAGUACUCCCCUGUUUUGAGGGGCGCUGUAUUGCCUAGAGAUACUAAAAUUCUGGGGAGGAAGGAAGAAUUGACUCUAAUCUCUGUACAACACAGCACCCAGUUGCUGGUGUGACUUAGUGGCUAAGCAGGCUGAGCUGUUAACCAGAAAGACACUGGUUUGCAUCUUGUGUCUGCCAUCAACUCACUAGAGGCAUUAGGCAACCCACUCUUUGCUCCCAUCAGCAUCUCCCAUCUGCAGCAUGGGGGAGAUUAAUAUUGACUUGCCUAAGAAGGUGGUUGUAAGGAUUACAGGUAGAACAUGCUUUAAACACUUGAAAGCACCAAGGAGGAGGAUUAGUCCAGUUCCCUGGUGGACCAUAGUGAUGAUUUAUUCCUCAUGAGAACAAUUAACCCAGUUUGGUGCUUCUCCACACGAGGAAAUUGCAAUCUCCCCUCUUGUCAUCCUGGGCCCAGGUGGGAGUAACACUCCCUAGUGGUUGAGGUUGGGAAUUUAGUUGUCUCAUAGGAAUUUUUAACCAGUGGUGUCCCUGGAAGCGUCUUCAGUUUAAAGUUCCUGUUGAUUCACACUUUGUGGUGUUAAUGGUGUCCCCCCCCCCCCCCGUGUUGCCCAUGGGGAUUGGAUGAAAUAUGAAGGUGAGCCUGUGAGGAGAAGGGGUUUGCUUGGUUGUUACUGGGCAGUUGCUUCCACUGUGGACUGGAUUUGGCAGAAGAAGUGCUUUCACUUUCAAUAGGACCAUCCCAGUAAACCAAGUAGGCCAAAUCUUAAGCUGUACAUUGCUGUGUGUUACUAGUACAGGUGAGAUGGAGAAUGGUUGUUCAGCAGAGUUCCCAGGUGGGCAGCAUGUGCUGCCUGGCAUGGCUUUCCUUGGGGCUCAGAAGAAACAUUUCUCCUUGCAGACAGCCGUUGGAAUUGGCCAACUGCUGGGGCUUGUGGGAGUGCCUGCCAAAAACUUUGUUUAAAUUGGCCAAUCACGACCUUCGAAGUGGGUGUGGCAAGAGCGGCGGACCAGAGUAAAGAAGUCUUCACUCCAGUCCACUCCCAGAAUGCUUAAGCCAAUGGUGUUGGGCCCCAACAAUACUGUCAGCAGAGCAUCAACUCUCCUGCCCCCACCCUAUAUUCUGCUCCCUUGGUGCUGUGGUUCAAAAUGGUUGCUGUAUUUGGGCCUGGGAAGGAUUUUGCCUCCAAACAAAUGGACCCAUCCAAGGGCUUUGCCUUCCUCAUAGCAAUCAUCACAAUUUUUGGCAGAUAAGGAAUUGGUGGAAUCCUUAAUCUAAUCUCAGGUGUGGGGAUUGGCGGGGGGAAGGGCGUACUUUUUGUGCGUGUGUGUGUGGCUUUGAAAUUGGCAUUUCACAAGCUGAAUUAUAGCUGGUGAGGUUUUUGUAUUUUUUGAACGUUCAAGGUUUUGAUGUGCUGUAAUCCAAUGUUAUGUUACAAUAAUAUUGUACAGCAUUUUUUAAAAAAAAUAUUGUAUCUUUAGCAUUAUAUUGUUAUUUACUGCCUUGGUGCAUGCGGUCCUGAAAGGUGGCUAGUAAAUAUUUCAAAAUAGAAGUGCCUAAGUGCCCACAUGACUUGGAAGCUGUACGCCGGCUUCCUCGGCCAAUAAAGCGAGAUGAGCACCACAACCCCAGAGUCGGCCACAACUGGACCUAAUGGUCAGGGGUCCCUUUACCUUUACAAGUUGUUUUUCUUUUAUUUAUCAUUGUAGGCUUUUAUGAUACUUUGCGACUUGCUGAUGAUUAUAAGUCAUCAAGGUUUAAGUGAUGGACUGAUUGAGUGUGUGGAGUACCUUCCCAGUUCAUCUCUUCAAUCAAAACUGCUCUUCUUCGUUGAGGAUCAUGUUUUCGCAGAGGAGCCAAGAGAAUUCAGAGGUCAGCAGCGCUUUCCAGCAAGGAACUAAACAUACGUUGCUGAUAAUGUCUGUGUUCCACUUAGUACUGUUCUGCUACCCAAGGUAGACAGGGCGAUAGCAACUAAAAUCACAUACUGAAAUUACAUGCCUUGGUGGACUUACUGGAACAAAAAGUUUUAGCAGGCUCUGAAAACAGUACAGCGAUGGUGCCUGUGUAAUAUCAAUGGACAGGGAGUUCCCAGGGUGCGAAGGAAGAUGGAGUGGAUGCACCACGGGAGGUGCUCAUCAUGUGUUUAUUUCAGUAUGGGGCUUUCAAUGCUCUCCUGUUUAAUCUUCCUCCUCAUUCUUGGUCCCCAUGAUAUAGAUUCUAUUGGCAGUCAGAAGUCAACCCUGUGGUUAACAUCUACUGCAGGUUCUGGCACUGAAGAUGGAGAAUUUACUCCAGAAAAAGACCUUGUGCCAUCGUUUAUAUUUCCUACAAGAAGUUCUUCCCAACACUUUAGUAUUAGUAUUUCUAGCAUAUAGGUUAGCACGAUGCAUCAGGAAAUGUUAUUUGUUAUUAUAAGAUGAGUUGCACUUGCACUGAUUUUUAUUAUUUUUAUCCAGCCAUAUAUGAAUGUGAUUAACUUCCCAGUCAUAGUUACAUAGGGUUUAGGAGACCUCCGGUAUUCACUUGCUCCUCUUUGCUGCUCUGUACAUACUGCUUUUCAGUGAGGAGAUCCAUGUGAAAUAGCAGAUGAGUUGUUAGCACUAUCAUCAGCCUUGAUAGCUCAGUUGGUUAGAGCGUGGGGCUGAUAAUGCCAAGGUUGCAAGUUCGAUCCCCGUAUGGGACUGCUGCAUAUUCCUGCAUUGAAGGGGUUUGGACUAGAUGAUCCUUGGGGUCCCUUCCAACUCUGUGAUUCUAUGAUGUCUGAAUAACAACAAAUAAAUGCUUUUAAGGUUUUGUGAGCUGGCCACGCACUCGAGGGUGUCUAUUGCUCAGAUUAAGGUUUGUAUUUGAAAAUGCUUCGGAAUGCAGUGUUAGCAUGGAAUCUAACCAAACUCGCUGCUGUAGUCUUGACAGGAGAAGAAGUGAAAAAGAUGGAAGAACAAAAAUUGGAUGCCUUGCAGCAGAAACGGUGCCUCCUUGCAGCUUAUUGCAAGUUAAUUGUCCAUAAUGUUGUCGAGAUGACUGCCGCUGCUGAAAUCUACAAGCAUUAUAUGAGGGUAAUUGAAUAAUCUCCUUAGCGAUGCCUUCCAAAUGCUGUAAAAGUUACAGUGGUACCUCGGGUUAAGUACUUAAGUUAUUCUGGAGGUCCGUUCUUAACCUGAAACUGUUCUUAACCUGAAGCACCACUUUACUAAUGGGGCCUCCCUCUGCUGCCAUGCUGCCGGAGCCCGAUUUCUGUUCUCAUCCUGAAGCAAAGUUCUUAACCCGAGGUACUAUUUCUGGGUUAGCGGAGUCUGUAACCUGAAGCAUCUGUAACCUGAAGUGUAUGUAACCCGAGGUACCACUGUAUAUAGAAAGCACAAACACUGAGUUUAUUAGUACACACUCAGUCUUGAUGCAUGUGCCAUGGUGAGUACAAAUGAGUACACUCUGUAUUCCAUUCUGUUUUAUUACAUUGCUGACUGCACUUUUAGAAGACUCCUCCUUAGCAGCACCCAUAUUUACACUGUGACAGUGGGUGGUGGGGGGAGAGUUAUGGCAGGCUGGAGAAGUGUUUAUGUGCAUUGCUAAUACUCUCACUCCUUUGAGGGAAUCUUACAAGGAAAGAACUUUUGCAAGGUGUCUUUAGACUGUUGGCUUUUCCACACCCUGCAGUUUGUUUGUUUUUUAAAAGAUAAAGCUAAAGGUACCCCUGCCUGUACGGGCCAGUCGUGUCCGACUCUAGGGUUGUGUGCCCAUCUCACUUAAGAGGCCGGGGGCCAGCGCUGUCCGGAGACACUUCCAGGUCAUGUGGCCAGCGUGACGAAGCUGCUCUGGUGAACCAGCACCAGCGCAGCACACGGAAACGCCGUUUACCUUCCCGCUAUAAAGCGGUACCUAUUUAUCUACUUGCACUUAAGGGUGCUUUCGAACUGCUAGGUGGGCAGGAGCUGGGACCGAAAGACGGGAGCUCACCCCGCCGCGGGGAUUCAAACCGCCGACCAUACGAUUGGCAAGUCCUAGGCACUGAGGUUUUACCCACAGCGCCACCCGCAUCCCUUUUUAAAAGAUACAUGCACCUAAAAUGUUUUGAGUUGAAAACUCAAAAUACAGUCGAAAGUGCAAAGAUGCCAACACUCAUAUCUGGAGGGUACACUUUCCAGGCAACUGUGCCUGGCUGUGGUUCUGUUUGAGCAUACACUGGGAAUAAAUCUGGUUAGCUGCAAUAUAGUGAGAAGGGCUAAACAUAAUACAAAACCGUAGCUUGGUGUUAUGCGCACCAGCCUCAGGUCCACACACUUCCCUCUACACUGGUGAGGCCAUGAGUAGGAGAUUGGAAGCAUUCACUCCAGUUUUAAACUAGCUGCAGUUUGUUGUUUCUUACAAGGGGCAAAUUGUGGGUGGUUCACCGUAGCUUGCCUGAAAAAAGCCUACUUCAAAUCAUGGUAUGGUCCCGGUUUGUUCAGAUAAACCUCGGUUAAAACUAGACUGCAGUUCCUGGUUUGGAUGAAGCAAGAGAUUGUGAUUUGUUUAAAACAGAAGUGGAUGCCUCCGAUUUCCUCCCUCCUUGUCACUGGAGGAGGGUGUGGGAGCAGGCCCAUUACACAUAACACUGAACUGGGUUAGCUUUGUGUCCAAAUUAGGUCAUCACAUGAAACACCUCUGCAAAACUGAUCAGGUAUGGUCUCUGCGUAAUCACACACUGAGGAAAUAAGCACAGAAUGUCUUCAGAAUAUUCUAGAGCUAGAACCUAGACGUUUUGUGCAGCGGGGUACGCCCGGAGGGGAAGAUUCAAUACCUUCCUGCUCAGUUCUUAUUUGAUAACUUCACCCAUAGCAUUGACUGGAAUAUUUUUUUAGUUUUUCCAAAAACAAGCGGAUUAGGCCUGUGAUUUUUCUUUUCUCCGCUCUCUUGUUUUUAUAGAUAUGAGCUAUGAUCCUGUUUGGAAGUGAAACUCACUUCCAAUUGAAUGUGUUAAAUCAGGAGUGUACUGCACGAAUAAAAUCGUGAGAAAACGCUUGCAAUGUACAAUGGAGCCUAAAUACCAUCAUUACUUAGACAAAGCUAUAAAUAAGUUAACUUGUUUCAUUGUAUUUUAGUACUCUGCUGGAAGCCGCGAGUGGCUGGGGAAACCCAGCCAGGUGGCCGGGGUAUAUAUAAUAAAAUUAUUACUAUUAUAGAAACUUUUGUUUUUUAAUAGCCUUUUAAAAAAUUAUGCUAUUCCUUGACGUGAUUGAGAGUUUUCCCCUCCUUUGCCAUUUAACAGACUUAUAAUGACUUUGGCGACAUAAUUAAAGAAACCUUGAGCAGGACGAGGCAGAAUGACAAAAUUCAAAGUGCAAAAACACUGAUCCUCUGCUUGCAGCAGGUAAGGCGAUUCCUGUAUACAUCCCAUUGGCAGGAUUCUAAGGAGGCCCUUCUCCAUCUAGCCUCAACUCUUGGUUAGGACUAUAUUGGGGGAGGGGGGAACAUGCUCCUUCAGGUAUUUAACCAUUCAGGCCUUUAUGUGUCAUCUGUAAAAUUCUGAACACAGACCAGAACUGUGUUGGUUGCCAGGGUAGUCCUUUAAGAAUGGUGCGAUGUGGCUCCUAAUAUCGACUCCUCUUAAAAGGCAAUUCACUGCGUUUUGCACUAGCUGCAGUUUCUGGUGCUAUGUGGGCACACUAGCAGGAGGUGCCAAACUGGCUCUGCUGCUGGACCUGCACAAUGAAACUCUUAUAACAAGUUAGAAUUGGUUCACCUAGUCCAAUAUUAUCUACUCUGUCAGCAGUUCUCAGGGUGCUCUUUUCUUCACUGCCCUACCUGUCUUAGGCCUAGUUCUCACUCAUGUAGCAAAUCCAUGUCUGGGCUGUUACCGUGUUGACCUGCAAAUGAGGCGAGGGCAGCUGGUGUUCAAAAUGAAUGAGAAACGCUCCUCCAAAUUGUUUACCUCCACAUAGAAUAGAUUUUAGGGAGAAAGGCAGUGGCCUACUCGCCAUCCUAAUAUGCUGGCUUUAUCCAGGGCCAGCCCUAUCAUUAGGCAGGCUGUGGUAGAUGCCUCAGACUGCUGUUUUGGGCAGUUCAUGAAAGGGCAGGAAAUUGUUAGUUGGUUCAUUUAUUAUGAUUUUAUUUUUACUGGCAGAAAGGAGAGGUGCUUGUGGGAUUUUCUGCGGGAGGUGCCAAAAUAACUUGGCUGGCCCUGGGUACUAUGAACCUUGGCUUUUUGUAGCUGGAAGUGGUGUAGCCCCAAUACAGGUUCACCAUUUCCAUGUGAGCAAGGCCACAGAUGCACCGAUACGUUUUAUCUUGGUGUCAUAUAAAGAAUGCAGAAUUUUGCUAGCCUAGGCUAGCUUGCUCAGAGCUGUCUUAUCUGCUCUGCAAGUUUAUAUGCCACCCUCCAAGCUUCAGAACGUCCCCCUUCAGAUGGCUGACAUAUGAGCCCAGUGGAUUUCAAACAAUGUCGUCAAGAGCUUAGGAAGUGCCAUGACCCAUCUGCUGAAAUAUGAGAGGUGGGGAGGCUCAGCAGCAUUUAGUGAGCUGCGCUCUGCUCACAUAAGUCAGGAGCCUGUGUUUACGUAUCACAUAGGCAACCAGCCCAGUUUGGGAGUUUCAUUGACCUUGGAAAGUUCGAACCUCAAAGCGUGCUAAUAACUCAGUUGGUUUGGGGGAAAUCAUGUUCUCUCUUGUAUUAAUGAGCACUUUGGGCUUGUUCUCCAUUUAUGCAAGGCAGGCUUCAAUAUAAAAUGUAUUCAGAAACUGUGAGCAAAGUAUGUACACUUAGCUCAAGUUACGUGCUUAAUCUGAUCCACAAAAAUAUUCCUCAGAAAAAGUAUUGGGAAGUGUUAAAAAAAUAGUUUACCCAUGUUCAGAAGAAUUCUGAAAGGGGUUAAUUGCAUGUUACAUGCAAAUGGAUAAUUCAUGUUGUUUAAUUAAAUGGCAUCUCUCAGAAGGCAUGGUUUGUUUGUUUAUUCUCAUGCUGUCACACCAUUUUGUACUGGAGAAGUGGCAGAGUUUAGGUGUCUUAAUUGUGUCCCCUAUGUUUUCUGAUCUGCCCUCCACCCACCCGGAUUCCCACCUGUAGCGUUUGGAUUCUUGCUCAGCUUGGUGUUGUUCUAAAAAUAUAUAAUCAGAUUACUGGUGCUUAACUGCGUCCUGAGCAAGGAAUUUGUCAGAUGUAUGGCAGGUAUGUGUUCUUGGGGCUUUCCCCCCUUUAAUUGCCUGGAAAAUUUUAUAUCAAUUCCUGUGGUCCACAGCUGUUUCAGAAGCAUGCCAGAAGCCAGGACAACAGCAAUAGCAUUAACAGCAUAGAUUCCUCCUUCAACAACAUUAAAGAGCUCGCACGGCGCUUUGCUUUGACAUUCGGCUGGGACCAGGUGAAAAGUCGAGAGUCAGUAGCCAUGAUACACAAGUAGGUGCCAAAUCCAUGUUGUCCCUUGGUCUUCCAUUGUGUGGCAUCCACGUUAUAAACCUCUCUCUCUCUUGUUUUCUUCUCUUCCUUACUGUUGCUUAAAGGGAUGGUAUUGAGUUUGCCUUUCAAGGAAUUGGUGCCCUGGAAGGGAAGAGCCUGCCUCCCAAUCUGAACUUCCUGCUCAUCCUCAGUGAAUUCUCCAAUAAGCUUCUAAAGCCUGACAAAAGACUUGUGUAAGUUUUCCCUUUGGUGUUCAAAUGCUUCUGGACAGCACAGGAGUCUCUGUGAUAUUGAACUUAAAUAAACUCUUACGUGUAUAGGAGGUGUUAGCAUGGCUCCUGCUUACAAACUACUUGUGCAUUUGUGCUCAGAGCGAAUAAAUGGCAACCUCUCUGUAUACAAUUCUGCUAUGGAUUUCUGUUAAUGCCCUCCUCCUUGGUCUUCUGCUGCCAAUUUGAAGAGGUGGGCUGAGCUGUUUGGACUCAGGCUUAUUUUUGCUGCUAGCAUAGCUCACACAGCACAGAAAUGGACAAGCUGUGGCUAUCUGGAUAUUGUUAGUCUACAGCAGAGGUUGGCAAGGUUUACCUUGCCUGGGCCGGUUCACUGCCAUGGAGCCCCCUUUGUGGCGCCCCCAGAUUGCAGGCGCUCAUGAGCGCCCACGAUUUCCGCCGUCUGUGUCUGCGCAGACGCGAUUUCUGGCACUACAGAAGUGAGUCCCUGUGCUGCACUGGUUUAGUGCAGUGCACAGGGACUCACUGAGCGGGCGGCUCAGUUCGGGGGCGGCUCGGGGGCCGGUUAAAUGACCCCUGUGGGCCGCUUAUGGCCCAUGGGCCUUAGGUUGCCUACCCCUGGUCUACAGCUCUCAUCAUUCUAAGAACAUUUGCUAUGUUUGCUGGGGUUGAUGGGAGUUGUGUGUCCAGCGAUCUAUAAAGGGCUACAAGAUACUUGACAUACAACUUAAUUCUGUGUGCUUUUAGGCUGACCCUUGCUGGCCAAACCACUCCUAAGAGUGAUGCAGGAGUAGGAAGAGUUACGUGAAGCUGCACACAUGCAUACACACUGGUGGUGCAUGUUAUGAGCAAGCAGUGUUGUUAUCUAUGCCUUGUCUACAGGAGAGCCGCUGGAAUAUGAAAAGCAAUUAGGAAACUGCUGUAAUAGUAUACUCUUGCUACACUAAGCAAGCACCUUUGAAGUCUACGUUAAACAUGCCAUACUUUAAAUGUCCUUUCUGUGUGGAAUUGUUUCUGAAUUAGUGUUGUCUUGUCUUAGCUGAUCGAUGGGCUGCCUUGGUUGAGAAAUAGAGAAAAGCUUUGUUAAUUACUAUAGUGAACCACCUCCUUGUCAGAGAAGAGCUCCUGAUCUUUCGGUCGUUUGUAUUUCUCCCUCAUGUUCACAUCCAGAUAUAGUUACUUGCUGAGAUAUACCUCUGAACCAGCACUUUGUAAAGAAGAAUUUGUGUACUCGCUGGAGUGGUACAGAACCUCUUUGCUGGCCAGUGAUGAAGAUGAGAGUUCUAUCAUCAGCAGCAUAAGUGAAUGGCCAUCUGAUAGGACACCAUGUAAAAAAAACCUCUCUGAAGGUAUAAUGUGACUAUUUUAUUUUUAAAAGUUAUAAUAAUAAUAUGUAUCUGUAGGUAAUAUCUGUAGGUAUAUGUAUAAUAUGUAUCUGUAGGUAAACAAUAUACCGUAAUUCUCUCAUCUGGUGUCUUGUAGCAGUUGUAUGGAACAAAGCAAUCACACAUUAAUUAAUUAAUCUAUAUAAUACAAUUUAACCAUGUAUGUUCAGUAAUCACAAAGUCAUUUAUUUAGCCCUUUCAGUUUCUCCAUUAUCCUAGCUUGCCAGAUGGAACAAUACUCCCUUCACCCGUUUGCUGUUCCAGGGGUUCUCUGAAACUGCCCCCUCAAGCCACUUUUUGUAGCAUGCAGGGAAGGGAAAGCUCUGUUGCUGACAAGGCUGAUCAGUAUCAAUCCAGACAGUGAGAUAAGAUAUAAAAAGGGUAGAGAACUAUCCUUAGACAUUUCCCAGCAACUCCGUUCUUUGUUUCCCCUGAGUAAGCCAGCAUUUUGUACCCACUGGGCAUGCUUCCUUGGUUUUGUUUGCUGCAUUUUUAAAAACAUACUUUUGCAAAACUCAGGGUUUCCUCAAAGCUGCUGCUGCCUGUUUUGGCUACAUAAGCGCAGACAUUCUUUCAUGAAGAUCGGAAAUACAAAAGCUUCUGUAUCCACUGAGAAAACAUUUUAUAUCCUGGCCCCUGGAAGCAACCCAUUCAGCUUUGAAUCUUAUAUUCUUUCUCCCCUACCAUGGCUCCCCACAUAAACCCUCUCCUGAAGUUUCAUUGUGGCCUUUGAUGUGGUGCAAGGAACAACAGUCAGAAAGGAGAAACUGGCAGCUCCCCUGUGCAAAGACUUCCAGGGUGGUGGUUCUAGGAAUAUGGUUGUCGGUGUUAAGGCAUUCUGGCAUGUGCAGUUGUUUGCAUUGAGUGACAUGUAGAUGGAUGAUGGAUAUAAUUCGUUGUUUCCAGGAUCCUGCACCAAAACCAGUCACACUGAGAUGGCAAACACACCUUCACAUGCCCAUUGCCCAUCUGACCUCCCUUUCUUGGCACAGAAUAGCAGGAAGAGGCUAAAAUCUCAUGACAGUUGUCACCAAGAAUAUCCAUCAGGUCCUGAAAGACUGAAGAGAAAAUAUAGGUAAGGAAUACCUAUAUUUGGGGUUAUCUUUGUAACUUGGAAUCUCACUCUUGGCUGUAGUUGCUAUAGCACUUAAGAACUGAAUCAUUUCAACUCAACCUUUACUGAAGAACAUAUGAAGCUGUUUUGUAGGGUCUGUUUAGCCCAAUAUUGUCUACUCCAAUUGGCAGCAGCUCUCAAGAGUCUUGGGCAGAGCUCUGGUAUGCUGUUCUUUAACUGGAAAUGGCAGGGCCCUUCCCGAAGUGUAUUGUUAGCUACCAGUUCUUAAUUUCAAAAACGAGUUUCUUCAUGAUUCCUAUUAGAAAAGAAAGUCUUUUUUUUUUGCCUCUAGAUUACAAAAACUAGUUUCCAAGGACAGCAGCUAAUCUGUCUGGCUUCUUGUUUCAGUAUUCCAGAUGGUGUCAAGGUAGAAAAUACAGUAGAGGUUCUGGCUGAAGAGGCUGAUAUUGAUGUUGUUGGUGCUGACCAGGUAAGGAUGGCUUUAUAUUGAGGUUUCAGAUAUCUUGUUGGUAGUACACACUGGUGGAGUGGGGAAGAAUAAGGCUGUUGCUCACAAAGGCUAGCCUUUUCACUUAGCGUCUCAAAUCUUGGGAAAACACUCAGUACUGUACACUUUUUAAUCUGUUGUGGUAAUAUCUGCCUACUGUUAAUGCCUGUUAAAGACACACACAUAACUGGUAACUCGUAAAUUCAAAACCCAAUCUGCCCAGCACCACUGUUACCCAUUCUUCAUUUCUGCUCCGAUGAGGAACUGGUGAUUGAAAAUGCAUUUUUAAUUAGAAAACAUUAUUCAAAUAGCAAUAUAACUGCAAUUCAAGUUGGCCACAGGGUCUGUACAGAGCUCUGUGUAAUAACCUUGAUUUGUGUAUUAUUUAGGAGACGUAAGAAGCAAAGACACUCUGCUUUUUCAUGUGAAUGAAGAAAAGUACAGGCAUUGCAAUGGGGGCCACACCUGGUUAGCUGAAAGCAUGACAUGGUAUGGUUAUAAUAUAACUGAAUCAUGAGAAAGGUAAUGGCCAAAAUUACAAUAAUUUCUUCAGCCAGUGUUACUACAUGGUUUGAUAUGCUGUUGUGACUACACUUUUUUUCUGCAAACACUUGAUUUUCAUCUUCGUUUUGCUGAAGCUUCUCUGUCCAAAAUGUGACGGCAGAUAUAUUUGUAGUCAGGGCAACAAUGGGAAAACCUACCAUAUAGUAGCAGAGCAGUAUUUUAUGUUGGGCCCAUGGCAGACCACUUUUGAGACAAGACUGUUUACUUUUUAACACAGAAGCAGGGUAGUGGGUUUCUGGGGAAUAGAGAAAGAGAAACUAUUUAUGUAUGUGGGUGGGGAGGGGGAAUCCUUAAAAACACAAUUUCUAAUUUGUAUUUCAUAUGCUUUCUUGUAUACCAUGGCAGUCUAAUAUUGGUACUAGGGUGAAAAUGUGCUCUAUUCAUUGUCACUGAGCUUGUAAAACAGCUGUUUGGUUUCAUACUUUUAUAUUAUCAUGUUUGCAAAAUAAAAUGAGUGAUUGUUUCAAUCUG